AUGUCUUGGAAGAGGAAUUAUUUUUCAGUGGGACGGGGCACUGUGCAAGGAAUGUUCACUCCACGUAAUACAACAUCUAUAGCACCUAGUAAAGGUCUCAGCAAUGAGCCUGGACAGAACAGCUGUUUCUUGAAUAGUGCAUUGCAGGUAAGAAAUCUAAAAGAAUGUGUGCCUAUCUUUUAUACAUAGUUUUUCUCUUAAUUUUUUUGUGCUAUGGUGCUUCUGUGAGAACAUCUAAACAGCAAAGCAACAACGUAAAAACUAUCAAACCCUUCUAUGAAUUUAUUUCCUCUUAAUUCAGGUACCAGUCACUGGUACAAUUAUUGUUUCUUGUCUCGGAUUUGUAUAAAUUCAUUUAAUUAUUUUAUGAGGUUAAAAUGUAUUUCAGAGUGGUAACAAAUGUUACUUCGAAAUCACAUACAAUUGCAAGGCUGUUAGCAGUGGUUUGGAUUUGACACUGGGUUGAGGUGAGACUCUGUUGCACAAUCUUUAUGUAGGCUUUUCAAAUUGGCUCCCAUGUGAAAGUUGUGCUUGGGAAUAAAUGGCGUGGGCACACCCUGUUCUUGUAAAUGUAGUAUGUUUUCACUGCUUUUAAUUCUGAAUUUUGAAAUUGUUGUAACCCACCGUAGGGCCUGCUGGUGUAGGGUGCAUAAUAUAUAAAUUGUGUAAUAAUAAUAAUAAUAAUAUUUUUUUAGCAAGCAUUAGUUGGAAUGUAAUAAUGUCAGGAAAUGCCCCAUUAGCUUGUGACAAUUAUUUAUAAUAGUCCUUUGGUUUAAUUACACAGUAUUUUUAGAAUAAGUUUAAGUGGCACCUAUUAUUCUAAUUUUAUGAAAAGAUUUGCUAAAGCAUUUGAUCUAAUUGCUCAGGACUAUGAAACUUUGGUAAUAAAGCCAGGAUAGACAUACAUCUGAUUUUGUUUACACCAGAGAUCGUUGGUACUAGUACAGGGUAACCAAUAGAAUUACUAAGUUUUAUGAGAGCAAGACAUAUUCUUUUUGAUUAGAGACAAAAAUAUGCAGAAAUAUUUUUGUGCAGGUGUGAUUAUUGUUAUUGGCUGCUUUAGUUCUAUGGAUAGUGGCAUAUCACUUUUGAUUUUCCCUUACUAAGAGAGGCAUGGAAAACUGUUGAGCAAGUAGUUCCAGGCAGUGUUAUGGAUACACAUGAUGGUUCACUAAAUGACAUUGAUAGCAAAACCGCAGGGUUUUGGAGUAUAUCUGUGUCUAAGCUCUGUGUUAAAUGGAGUUGCUCUGAAGCGGGACAUGUAUCUGCUUAUUUUUAUUGAGGCAGCCCAUUCCUAUUUUUUUGCAUGGUUGCCACUUUGAAACCGAUGAAACUUUAUUUAGUAGUGGACCUGAAAUGGUUUCACCUGGAAAAUAUGAUCACCCCUAUUUAAAACUAGGUCCUUGACAUGGGCAUAGCCAGGAUUUAUGUUGGGGGUGGGGGGAGAACUGAUCUAUCUGCGACAGAAAUGGUCAGUUAAGUAUUUUUAUUUAUUUAUUUGAUGGGAGGGGGCAAGUGCCCCCCAGCCCACUGGCUAUGCUCAUGGUCCUUGAUCAGUAGACCAGAGGAAAAGCUAGAAGAGGAAGUGUUGGUUUACUGUCUCAUAUUAAGAGGCACUCAUUGUACUUCUGUUGCUUUAUCUGCAAACAUCCAGGACAACAAGCUACAUUUUUAAAUAGUUAUAUUUAGGUUUCCUAUCUUUUAAAUAUGAAAAUUACUUCUAACAGUAAGCUGGCAGUGAAGAGGAGAUAAACUACACUUUAGUAGUUAGAACUUAUACCAGACCUAGAAUUUGGUCAUAUCCAAAAUACAGAACCAUUAUUAUGUUAUAAACUGCAGAGAGAACUUUAAUCUUCGGCUUAGUCAGUGAAAUGAUAAAAGCCUUUAAUUCAGGGGUCAGUAAACUUUUUCAGCAGGGGGCCGGUCCACUGUGCCUCAGACCUUGUGGGGGGCCGGAGGAUAUUUUUUUUUGGGGGGGGGGAUGAACGAAUUCCUGUGCCCCACAAAAAACCCAGAAAUGCAUUUUAAAUAAAAGCACCCAUUCUACUCAUGUAAAAACACCAGGCAGGCCUCACAAAUAACCCAGAGAUGCAUUUUAAAUAAAAGGACACAUUCUACUCAUGUAAAAACAGGCUGAUUCCUGGACCGUCUGCAGGCCAGAUUUAGAAGGCGAUUGAGCUGAAUCCAGCCCCCGGGCCUUAGUUUGCCUACCUAUGCCUUUAUUGGUUAGAUGCUAUGAAGGGCUGUAGCUCAAUGUUAGAGCAUAACUGCCCUGCGUGAAGAAGGUCCCAUUUUUUUUUAACCUUAUCUAUCUCUAUCCCAAUGUUUGAGUUAGUAUCACAGAAUUGCAGAGGUGAAAGGGACCAUGUGGGUCAUCUAGUCCAACCCCUGCAAUGCAGGGAUCUUUUGCCCAACAUGGGCGUCUUUACUAGUCCUAUCUAGAGAUGCCAAUCAGAAACCAUGGAGAUCCAUUGCCAAGCAGUGUAGACAACACUGAGCUAAAUGGACCAGUAUUGUGACUUGGUAUAAUGGAGCAUCUUGUGCAUGUUCAUAAAAUUAGUUUAUUAAUGUUAUUAUUUUAAGAGCCAUAUUUUAUUUUUUUAGGAUUAUCCCUUACUGCAGAUAAUGCUAGCCUAUAUAAAAUACAAUAUGACCCCCCUAAUUUGAACUGCUCCCCAGAUCCAAUAUUAUGGGAUGCUUUAAUAUAAAAAAGAAUUUAUUGAGCCAUUAAACAUUUGACUAUCUUGGUAAAGAAAUUCAGAUCCAGACAAUAACUAAAGCUUUUUAAUUAAAAGAAGAUGAAGAAGACAUUGUCAGGCUUUAAUACCUUGCAUUGUUAUUAAACUUUCACACAAUCAAAUUAGCAUUUAAAUAUAUUAAAUAUAAGAUCAUUUUGAUAGUGAAUUUUCUAGCAAUUUUGAAACAAAAUGGGGCCGCUUUGGGACUCCCAGCGAGCGGAAGUAUAAGUUUGUACACUAAAAGAAAAAGAAAGAAAGAAACCUGAGCUCCCAUGACCUAUGGAAUGUUGUGAGCAUGAAUAUAAGAAUAUUCUACAUAAUCCAUAUAAUUGUCUGGAGAAAAGCUUCUGGAAUUAACUUCUGCCUUUGCUGCUACUUUGUUCUGGGCUGGAGGUGGAGAAAGAACAUGCUGCUGGCAAUUACAUCUCCUCUAAAAUCCUGGAUUUUUUCAUUAUUUUCUAUAGGCAACUCUCAUUUCCAUCUGGGGAGAGAGAAAAACAGUAAAGGAAAAAAGUCAGGCAGACUAUGAGUCUAGCAAUUAAGUUUGUGGUUUAGGACAGUUGAGCCAAGGAAGUUGAAGGUAUCAGUUAAAAACAGAAAAUGAAGGAAGAGAGGGAAAGUUGACAUGCUUGAGCAUUGGCGCUGUGUGGGGUAUAAUAAUAAUAAUAAUAAUAAUAAUAAUAAUGAUAAUAAUAUUUUAUUUAAAGCCCACCCUCCCCAGCCAAGGCCGGGCUCAGGAUGGCUAACAAGCAAUAAUAAAAACAAGUUGAAUGAAUACAACUUAAAAACAAGAUUAAAAUACAUUAAAACAUUGAAACAUUAAAAUAUCAAAAUGCAGCCUCAUCACAGGAGGAGAAAGGAAAAAGAAAGAGGGGGAGGGAAUCAAAUUGGCUCCAAGCCAAAGGCCAGGCGGAACAACUCUGUCUUACAGGCCCUGCGGAAAGAAAUCAGAAAGAAAUCGGAAAGAAAGCAGGGCCCUGGUCUCAUGAGGCAGAGCGUUCCACCAGGCCAGAGCCAGGCCGGCCGUAUAAGCCGGAGUUAAACACACACACACACACACAAAUAAAUACCCACACUGAUAGCUGAUAUACAGGCAACUCCCCACUUGUGCGUGACCAUGCAUACAUGUAGUGCUGGGAACCCAGAAGUGGUUCGUGGGGAGACCCUCCCCAGAGCCUGAAGAGGACAUCCGUUUCAGGCUUUGGAGAGCAUCUCCACACAAGCCAGAGGCGCAGUGGGGCUUUGUUGAGAUUGUUCAGCCUCCCUACCUAACACCUGACAUGCACUUUUCCCGCAUGUCAGCUGAAGAGCCUUAACAAAGGCCCACUGUGUGUCCAGCUCACGAGAAGACCCGCCCCAAAGCUCAAAGAGGGCAUCCCCUAUGGUCUCCAGGGGUGGUCUCCUUGUGAGCCACAAGGACUCAACAGAGUGCUGCCCACUUACAUACAUUUCACUUAUGCACUCAGGGCCUGGAACGUAACCCUGUGUAAAUGGGGAGUCACCGUUGUAGCACUGGGUGGAGGAAGAAGGUUUUAAGAGGGUGAUGGGGGCGGGGGGAAGGUGCCAACUUCAAAAAGCUCUACAAGCCCCCUGUUGCAUGCUGGCUGGAAUCAUGAAGAGGAACACUCAUAAUAGUGGCUGCUUUCACUACUAUACUAUAGUGUAGUAUUUUGCUGCAGCUCCAUUGCUGCCAAAAGUAGUAGCCAGUGUUAGAUCCAUACUCUCUGAAUUGGUCUAAUUGCUUUUCCCACAUCAUGCAUAAUUUUAUACAACUCUAUUGUAUCGCACCUUAGUUGUCUUUAUUAAAAAGAAACUAAAAGGCACCCAUUCCUUCUCCCUUCCAUACUGGGAAACUAUGGUUACCAGGUUUGGAAGAAACCAGGAUUUUACAGCAAAUUCCAGCCGUGGUUUAUGGUCCUAGCUUGUUAUGAAUUUCGUAACCAUAGUUUCCUUGUUCUCAUGAAAUGGGAAACUAUGGUUAAUUAAAAACUCUGUGACUUACUAUGUCCUGCUUAAAAGAGAUUAGAAAAGGCUUGAGGACAGAACAAGUGGGCAAAAGGCUCAUAUAAAUAAAGUGGCUGAAUAAUGUGAGGUAUGUGUUUGAAAUAUAUUAGGAAUACUCAUAUCACCAAGUUUAUUCUGAUAAAGCAUACCUCUUUCAAUCCUGGAUCUUAACCCCUUUUAUCUUUUACUCUUUUAAUUUUUAUUCUCUGGGAUAAAUUGACUGGUAGAGCAUGAGGCUCUCAAUCUCAGGAUUGUGGGUUUGAGCCCCAUGUUGGGCAAAAGAUUCCUGCAUUGCAGGGGGUUGGACUAGAUGACCCACAUGGUCCCUUCCAACUCUACAAUUCUAUGAUUCUAUCAUACUAACUCAAACAUUGGGAUAGAAAUAGAUAAGGUUAAAAAAAAUUCUAAUCUCCAGAUUAGAUUUAUCCCAAAGGUACUUAGAUGCUGUUGAUGAAUUUAUUAUCUGUCUAAUUUUAGCAAGAGAUUCUUAUCUAAGACAUUCUGAAAUGGAUAAUUUAAAAAUCACAUUCUUCUUCUUUGCUUUACAGGUUCUCUGGCAUCUGGAUAUAUUUCGACGUAGUUUUCGACAACUUACAACACACAAGUGUAUGGGAGAUUCCUGUAUAUUUUGUGCUCUCAAAGUGAGUAAUUUGUCAGUUCAGUUCAGUUCAGAUUUAGAUGAAAAAGUAAGUGUAUAUUAGCUGCAUCUUCAUUCAUUGAAGAUUCUUAUCCUGCCCUUCCUCCAGUCAGGAGCUCAGAGAAGCUCAUGACUGAUAGAUAAACAAUCAUACAAAAUGAGAUUUAAACAACAAAAGUCAUAAUAAUGUUGUAGCAGUAUUUCAAGGUAUGUGCCUCGCUUUACUUUCAAGCUAUACUUUGGUCACGCUGAAGUGAAGCCAUGAGAUAGAACUUUGUGAAGUGCUUCAAUUUAUGGACUGUAACUCAGGUUUCUCCAGCAAGAAAUUCCUCACUGUGAUUUUUCCGUGUGAUUUUUCCAUUCAUGUGAAUAUAAAUUCACAUUCUGCAAGAGUUAAUUUGUGUCUUACUGCUCAUACGCUUUCGUCUACAUUGAGUGUCGUCGUUCAGAACCUGUCAUACCUGCUCAUAUCAAAAUAAGACGUGCUCCUAUUGUAGCUUUCAUAAUCUGAGCUGCAAUCUUAAACCUCUGCCUUGGGAAAACAACCGUGAGUGGUAGUGAUGCAUGGAUCAAGGCUCCUACUUGCUUUCAGGCCAGCUGUCUUAGUGACUGUAGGAUGCAGAAGUGCUGCCUUGACACUAGAACAAUUUUCUGAUCUAUUAUUCAUUUUGAUGUCUGCUGUGCACAGUCCUUGCUUUCUUUAUUCAUCUAAUGUAUGACUUUGGUUUGGAGUUUGUUUAUCUCUGCUCAGGGAAGGGGGGGGAUUGGUCUGUGGUACUAAGCAUGCCACAAAGAGUUUGUUUGCCUUCCAGGGAUUGUAGUGCCAGGAUGUAGGACAGAGGGUGUUUUGUUGUUGGUGGGGAAGAAUGCAGCAUUGAUUUGUACAUUCUGCUAGAGCUUCUGUAUUAGAAGUUUUUCAUAUGUAACAAAAGCAGGAAGAAUUAACUUUCUGGGCAGAACGGGUGUUUUCUGAGGUGAAAGCUGAGACACACAGUGUUUGGACUGACAUUAGGGACAAGAAAUGUACUGUUCUAAUUUUAGUAGGUAAGUCCAUAUUGAGCAAGCAAAAUAAAUUAUGUACAUCUGUACAGAUCUACUUACAUUGCUAAAGCUGUGUUCUGGUUUCUGAGACUCCUGGCACCACUGCCAACUUGUUCUUUCAAAAUGUCCUCUUGUUAGGGGAGACACUCCCUCUGUUCCAGGAUUGGGGCCUUUCAGAUGUUGUUAGACUCCCAACUCCCAUCCAGAAUGACCAGUGGCUAAAGAUGGUUGGAGUUUUCAUAGAAUCAUAGAGUUGGAAGGGACCAUGGGGAUCAUCUAGUACAACCCCCUGUGAUGCGGGACUCUUUUGCCCCGUGUGGGGCUCAAACCCACAGCCCUGAAAAGUUGUAGCCCAGGAGCGUCUGGAGAGCCACAAGUUUCCUGUUCUGUGUGUAAUCAUACUGUCAGCAUCGCCCUUGAGCCAGUGCCACCAACUGGACUCAUCCACUUCAGCCCCGACUGGGCUAGGCGAGCUGGGUAGCACUUCCAGAGACCACCUUCUGCACAGGAACAGGUCAAAGUGCUGUGGACUCACAGCUUAGAGUUGUGAGCACCGGAUUCACUCCCACAAGAAGACAGUCGUCGCACAGCAGAGUCUAGCAGAGUAUAUAAACAACUCGGAGAGCAGCUCUGUAGAAUAUCUUCUUUAUUCUAUCUACAACUAUUAUACAACUUUAUACAGAGCUAAAUAGGUCUAAGCAUAAAUGAAUGCUGCACUGCACUGAGUGUCUGCAGCUGCUCUUAGCAGCAACCUUAUCUCUACACACGAUCUCUAACACUCAGUCUCUCUCUCUCUCUCUGACACUGACUGACUGACUGACUCGGUGCUGGAGCAGAAUAAAUAGAGAGCAGAACACGCCUCCUCCUCUCUGGAGAAUCAGCAGACUCUCCAGCACACAUUAUUUUAAGGAACAAGAUACAUACCUGAAUGUAUGACUGGAUUAGUAGGCAUUCUCUCCUUCAGUCAAAGGGUGUAUUGUUGCAGGCCACCCAAAUCUGUGUCAAGCGGUGCACAUGAUUCCAAGGGUCUUGGCGCUUAGCCAGGGUUUGUGGUUUGCAAAAUUAGGCACAACAGAGGCUAUAGUGUCUUUAUGAUAUAUGGUUUAUUUGCACAUAUAUGCAACCUGAAGCUUUCAUUGGAGGGGUUCACAGCGGCAGCACCCCAAAGCGUGCCAGCUUACUCCAUAGUCGCAGCAUCAGGAUCUUUUCUCUGCAGCCUCUCUUGUUCUGCAUGACACAUCCCAGCUUAACUGUUCCUCUCUGCUUCCUGGUUACAUCCUUUCCCUGAAUUAAGCCCUCUUUGUCUAUAGAGGGAGGGAAGACUCCAUUCAUUUGCACUCUAACACCUAUUUCUUUUGAGGCUUUGAACUCCUAAUGGUUAACCCCCCCCCCCGGACUAUUUUUGCUUUACUUCAUUAACACUUGUUGAUUGACUAGUAUUACAAUGUCCUAUACACAACCCAGGAAGUGUGCCUAGAAUACACACUAUGCUUCCUUAGGUUUUAACCCCUAGAUAGUAUGACUCAGUUUUUAACACAAGCUUAAUGAAACACCUCAAGUCACCUCCUCACUUAAUUGGCUUUUGAUACUUAGCUUAAUUGCACACUUAAAUGCAUGAGUCUAGCUAUCACUUCACACCGGGAGACUACUGUAUUUUUCCAUGUGCAAGACGACCUUUUUUUCUGAAAUUGGGGGGUCGUCUUAUACACAGGUUAAUAAGUUAAGUAAUCGAGGGCUGGAGCUGCUUGCAAAAAGAAGCUCAACAACUAUUUUUGCAAUUUCCCAAAGAAAGCUCAACAACUUCCUUAAUUUUUAAAUUUCUUAAUUUUGGCCUCCCAAAAUAGGGGUCGUCUUAUACACGGGGUCAGGUUAUACCUGGAAAAAUAUGGUAGCUUUUGCUACCCCAAACCUUGCACCCCCAAAUUCAUAACAUUAUUAAGGCUUAACAUUUUUUUCUCUGUCUCUCAUUCAUACCCCAGUUGCUAUCAUCUGCAGCAGUGUUAGUAGAAACAUUUGUCUUGAGAAAAGGCAAGGAAAAUGAUUGUUGUGUAUCAUUACCUUUCUUAUUUUUUAUCAUUAGCCAUUAGUUAUUAAGUAGUCUACUGUCACUCUGGGGCAAUGUUGCUGGGUCCAAGAAAAAAUUAUUUCCUCCUAUUUUGGUAGCAGAUUUUUGUUGACAGCAGUUUAAAUAAUUGUUAAUCUAUUGAUUAAAUUUGCACAAAGGUAAAAACAAUAUUUCUUCACCAAGAAGUAUAUUUUCCUUGCUUUUUAGGUCAUACACAGGUGUCAUUUUAGGAAAGUAGGUGUGUGAAAGAAGGGUGAAUACCUCUUUUAAGAUGAUACUCUAUGCUUUCCUUUAGUCUCUUGCCAAGCCUCCUUUUUCCUAAUCUACACUUUAAGUAUUUAUUAUUUAUUAUAUUUCUUGUUGGAAAAUGCCCUGGGGUGCCCCUGCAGCCCCCGAACUCACUGUUCUUCCUAAAGGAGCCCAGAGGUCAUCUAGUGUGCAAAUUCCCUGCCCUUCUAGAAGCUAGGCUUGCUCCAUAUUAGUAAACAGGCAGCCCUAAAGGUUAAUAGGGAAAUUUCAUUGGACUGCAAAUACAAUGAUCGUAGUAUUGCUUUAUUGUAGAAUUUGAUUUUUUAAAUGAAUGUUGAAAAGUGCCUUUUUAAGCUCCUUCCUCACCCAUGAAAAUUCUUUAUUAAAAAAGACUGACUAAAGGUGGCAUGACUCAUGAUUUGUAUUCAGAAAAACUCUCAUUACACAUAAAAAUGGAAAUUAAAGGUCCUAACGGAUUGUGCUUAAUUUUGAAAAUAGAAUUAGGAUUAGGAAAAUGGAACCAGAAAAUAACUCUUAGGAUGUCUAAUUCUAAUAAUGCUUACUGGUGGUUUUAUUUCCGUUUGAAAAAAAAUUAAAGAUCGCAGGAUGGAAGUUAAUAUUUUAUUCAAGGAGCUUGAACAAAACGUUGGAGCCUUCUCCCUCGUAUUGAAUAUAUAUAUAUAUAUAUAUAAAUCUACACAAUAUUGUAUAUAUAAAUCUACACGAUAUUGAUUUGAUGCGAUCUGAGGAGAAGCCAGAGUAUAUUGUUUUGAUAAGCACACGCUGGUAGAUUUUCACCCUUCACCCCAAAACUGAAGUUUUUGCUCUUGAAGGCAUAAAGCCUACUCCAUUGUUUUAAAAUGAUUUUUAUUAAUUUUAAAGGAAAACAUGAAAAUGAACCAUUUCAAUCAGUGCUAAACAAUUUACAAAACUUAAAUCAGGAUCCAGGAUUCUUACAAAUAAACAAUCUUAUUAAUAAGCAUCUUUCUUACAGGUUCCAAGUUAACUUUUACUCCCAAAUGAAAAGCUUCCCACUGAGCUUAUUGCUUAGAAUCCUGACUUACAAAGCACCUUUCAGUUUCUUCCUGCCCUUUUCCUUGCCAUUAAGAGCUUCUAAUCCUGGUCCUUCUUGCAAAGGACUUCUAGCUGAGCCCUGUACCUUUUGUUCCAGUUUGCUCCCAGUCUCUCCUCUUGCAGGCUCUCAGUCUCCGUGUCUCACGUACUUCCUCCUCUCUCAAAUUCUUGACCUUUCUUGCAUUCAGGUGCCUGAUUCCUCUGCUCUUGACACCACACCAUCUGGAGCGUUCAAAGCUAACCCGGGCCCCAUGGCUCUUCUCCUGCUAGCUUUAAGCCCCGGAGGGGUGUUGCAAGGGCCUUCUCCCCAGGUGAACUGCAUCCCUCCAGCCCCCAGGCAGUAAUGAGGCAAAUUCAGGAGCUCCUGGGCUCCCACCUGCCUAUCCAUCAAAACUUUCUCCGCAACCACAUUGGCUCAUACUUUAUGACUGAGAUUUUAAGUUGAAAUACUGAUUGGGAAUUUGAAAUCUUAUGGCAAAAAUAGAUCAAAGGAAGGUAUGUGAUAACAUGAUUUUUUUAUUUAUGCAUUUUAUUGUUUUUGUUCCCUGUCCUUUCUCCAAAGAGCUCAAAAUACUCCGUUGCAUGUUUUGGAAUAGGUAAACAAAAUGUUGAAACUGAUUUUUGCCAGCUAGGAAGAUUUUGUGAUGCUUAGGAGACUGUCCUCCACAAGAUUUCAUUAGCGUUACGGUUAGAAGCCUGUUAGCAUCAUAGGAAGUUAAUUGCUCAUUUAGAAAGGUAGAAAUUAUUGCAGACUGGAAGAAGACAGUGUCCCUAAGGUCACUAACACUAAGAAGCUUUGAGUUAGUUGUAAUGGAAAGUGGAUUGGAAUAUUUCUAGCCGUAGAUGAAAGCAAAUGGGGUUGCUUUUAGUAGUAAAACGUUUUUAAAAGGACUAUACCAGGGCUAAAAUGGAUAGAAUAAUUUAAACCAUUUGAGACAAAAAAUGUAUCAAAGUACCAGCAAUCAGCAAACAAGUGGGUCUAAGACUGUAAGUCAUACAUGUCUGCGGUGUAGUAGUUAUAGUGCCAAACUAGUAUUGGAGAAGCUCAGUCUCAAAUCACUCCACCAUGAAGCUUGUUCAACUAGACACAAUCUGUCAGCCUAACUUGCCUCACAGAAUUGUUUUUAGAAUAAAAAUGGAUUUUCUACGUAUUUAUUCUUAAGUCCAAUUUUGCUAAAGCUAUAUUUGCAGAUGUUUUCCCCAUGGCAAUUUAUUGAUAAUAUGAAUGUUUAGAAUAGUUGCCAUUGGGUACUAACUGAGGACUGCAAUUUGCAUUUUGACAUUGGGGCUUUUUAAGUGCCUUUCCUGUUGCAUCCCCUUGCACACCUGAAAAUUUUCUCCUGGUUGUUGGAACCCUUUGCAGCAGAAUGGAGUCCAGUGCAACGAGGUGCAGUCAAACUAAAAUAGUCAAAUCCCCUACAUGUGUUUCAGAUGCUGAUGUCUUUUGUUAUGCCAGUCAGAUGCCUACUAUUACAGGCAAGUCAGGAACCUAUAAACGACCACCUGUUUGCCGUAUCUUAAGAACAUUGAAGCCUGGUUGUUUAUAGGGUUGUUAACAAAAAUACAUGCAAAAUGUUUUGUGCAGUAACAUCCCUGGCAGUUAUCUCUGAUGUCUGGAUUUGGGGAUGGUAUGCUGGUGCAGUCUAGUAAACACUAAUUUAGCACGAGCAUGUGAACCAAAAAUAGGAUAAAAGUAAAACAUGUAGCUAAGAUGCCAAAAGCAGGAAAAGAGUGAAAGUGUGAGUCUGCAGUUAGUAUCAAGGUUUUCAUAUAUGACAUGAUAACAUGACAGAUACUGGUAACCUGGAUUCACUUUGUGUAAAUGUACACUCAUUUAAGACAUUGUGUCUGUCCCGAAGAAAUAAUGUGAGUUUAUGUAAAAGUUGACCUUUAACUUUCCUCCUAUCCUAGGGUAUCUUUAACCAGUUUCAGUGCAGCAGUGAGAAAGUGUUGCCAUCUGAUGCACUUCGUAGUGCUCUUGCAAAGACUUUUCAAGAUGAACAGCGUUUCCAGUUGGGCAUCAUGGAUGAUGCUGCCGAAUGCUUUGUGAGUAUGACUUCUGUGGAAUAUCUGAAAAUUCUUGUAGGAAAGAAUGCCUUGCUAAGCACAAACUAGGAGAUAAAAUCCCCAUAUUCUCAAAUGGGAAGUGGUUUUUUCAUAUUAAUAAUAAGUAUUUUACAGCAGAGGUAGUAGUGAGGAACACUGAGCUGCUUCUAGUGAGACACUUAGGUAGGCUAUACAGUGUAAUAGUGAAGAUAAUACUGUUGCAAAAGCAGGUGAAUUUAACAACUAUUUUAACCCAUCUAAACAGCUGCGUGUUUGUGAAUAAGACUGUGAGAAAAGCCACAGUUUGGGGCUUAAAUAACGAUAGCAUUAAAUUCUACUAAGAAUAUAGUUUAGCCUUCACUCUCUUGCUCUCUCGCUGCUUAAGUAGAAGCAUAAUUUUAAAAUUUCAGAUCUUUGAAUCUCUUACAUAAAUCCUUCAAACAUCCAUUGUUCUAGAAACAAUCAUGGCAGCUGUUAAGAGAGUGAUCUUUCUUGAAUUCAGAGACAGUACUGGCCAAGUCAUUGUGUUAAUUUUACCAGGAAGAGAAAAUGUUAUAUCUGGCAUAAUCUGAUGUCUCUGCUUGGUGCCUAGUGGGUUGCAUCUGCUCCCUUAUUUUGUUAUUUUAAAUGAUUCUUGCCACUAACACCUGCCAUAUAUUUACCCUUUUCUUUAAAAAAAAACCUAUAACUAGUUAAGGUUUUGAGGUACAGUAUUUAUUCUGUUUGGAAUGCCAGUGUUUUGCGUAUCCGUGUUUCCUCUGACUUUUGGUGCAUAGUGUCCAGACUUAAUUGAACUGGGAAAUCUUAGUUGAUAUGGCUCCUGUUUCCCUGUGAUUUUGGCUAGGUUUGUGAAGCUGCCUUUCUAUAUCUGCUGGUGAAAAGGGGGAAGUAAUAUUAAUUGGCAGUCACUUCCAUAUUGCGUACCCAUACUCACAAUAGUAAAAGGAUAUGUCAUAACUGGUUAUAUAAAACCCACUUGUAAUGUUUGGUAGCUAAAACUGGAAAAGGCUAGGAACUCAAGACUUGCCAAGCCAGCUUAUAAAUGCUAACAAAUACAGUAUACAGUUUGUGUCAUCGCAAAAUGUGAUAUUUGCUAACCUUGCAAGCUGGUAGGCUGGCAUAAAGGUUGUGGAUGGAGAAUGCAAAUAGGUUCCCACUUAAACCUUAUAACAACUUCAUUACUUCACUUUCUUUCCUUAAAAGGUAUGUCAAUACUACUUAAGCCAAUAUUAUAUGUACUUGAGAAAUCACUGAACAAAAGAUAAUAACGUUAUACCAGGUCAGUAAGCAGAUAGCUAGGCUCUGCCUGUCACCCUUUGUCAGCCCACUAUUUAGAUGCUGCUUUGUAUUUCAGCCAAACCACUGACAUUUGAAUAUUUGUCAAAAUUAAUAAUGGCAAAACCUGAAGAUUUGGUGUAACAUCCAAUAUGGAUGGAAUACAGGAUAGCUUUCUGAGUUACAUUAACUCAUUCUUGACAUUAGCUGUCAAGCUCCUAAAUUCUUAAAUAAAUUUAGAAUACUUAGAAGGUACAUCCCACCUGACCCUAAAAUGUCACCUUUCAUUAUUUGUCUUUCUGAAAUUGUUUAAUAAUUCUUAUUUUUAUUUCCUCUCUCCCUGGCUGCAGGAAAACCUCUUAAUGCGGAUUCACUUUCACAUUGCAGAUGAAUCUAAAGAAGACAUCUGUACUGCCCCACACUGCAUUUCACAUCAAAAGUUUGCAAUGACCCUAUUUGAGCAGGUAUGGUACAACAUAUCCAUCCCAAACCAAUUCAGUCCUGUGAUAUAGAAAUGUGGAAAUGUGCAUGAGAAACUGUUUUCAGUUUUGACUACUGACGGUUUUUAUUUCUCUGAUUUAGUGUGUUUGUACCAGUUGUGGUGCCACCUCUGACCCACUGCCCUUUAUCCAGAUGGUACAUUAUAUCUCGACCACUUCACUCUGGUGAGUCUCAGUUCUUUGCAAUGGAAAAGAAAAGGAAAAAAAUUCCCUUUGUGUCAGGAGUCUUAUCUACAUAACAUACCAUAUAUGUUAUGUAUAUUAUUGAUAAUUGGCUCCCAGUUCAUGAUAUAAUAAUACUUUUCAGAUAUUUUUAUUUAUAUUAUUUAUUAUAUUAUUUAUAUUAUAUUAUAUUAUUUAUAUUAUAAAAGCAUUUGUAUACAGUCAUACCUCGGGUUGAAGUAGCUUCGGGAUGAAUAUUUUCGGGUUGCGCUCCGCAGCAACCCGGAAGUAACGUAGCGUGUUACUUCCGGGUUUCGCCGCUCAUGCAUGUGCAGAUGCUCAAAAUGGCGUCACGCGCAUGCGCGGAAGCAGCGAAACGCGACCCAUGCAUGCGCAGACGCACAGUCGCGUGUUACGUUUACUUCCGGAAGCGAACGGGGCUCUGGAACGGAUUCCGUUCGUAUCCAGAGGUACCACUGUACCUCCUUUUGGCUCUCAAGAGGACGCCCCUCCCUGUGUUUUACAGCACUAAAAUUAUAAUAGGCGCUUGGUGGAUCAGGCCCACUGUUCUCACAGUGACUGACUUGCAAGGAAACUUGCAAGCAGGAUUUAAGCACUCUCCCCUCUUGUGGUUUCCAGCAGCUGGUAUUCAGAAGCAUUGCUGCCUUAAACUGUGGAGGCAGAGCUAAUAGCCAUAGAUAGCUCUCUCCUCCCAGGAAUUUGUCUAAUCCUUUUUAAAAGCCAUCUUGGUUGGUGGCCAUCACUGCCUCCUGUGCAUAGCUGACAACGUUUCCCUUUUUUAAAGGGGAAAUUCCCUUAUUCCGAAUAGGAUUCCUCGCAAGAAAAGGGAAAAGGUGACAGCUAUGCUCCUGUGGGAGGGAGUUCCACAGUUUAACUGUGCAUUGCGUGAAGAAGUGCUUUAGCCAAUUAGAAUUAAAAUUUUAAAAUAUGAAAACCAGAGGGAAAAUGAGAUAAUUUUUACACUGCAUGGUGUGACUUGAUUAAAUAUACAAAUUAAACAACAUGUGGACAAGAAAUACCUACAACUUAUAUUGCAAUAUGGUGUAGACAAGCGGGCACUGCUCAUUAGCUCACUGCUAUUAUUCUGUGUUUUCCAAGUUGAUUCGUUGAACAAUUCAUUGAACUGGUUUAUUGUAAUCGCUUCAUUAUUAUGUUCCGUAAAAUAAUAUGUUUAGUAUUUUACACCUCCCCCCCGUGGCCCUUUUUUUUGUCAGUCGUCUCAUGUUUUAUGAUUUAUGUGUGUGCAAUUUUGUAACAGUAAAAUGAUAAAUAAAAUAUAACAAACAGAGAGCAUUAAAUCAAGCAACGAAAACAAAGCUGCAAGCAGGUAGGAAUUAAAAUAAAUCAAAGGCAUGGCAAAUUAAGAAGACUAAUCACUUGCCUAAAAAUCAUUAUUGAGGAGGCUUGUCUCUUGGGAGGGAGUUCCAUAGCUGAGGGGCUGCAAUAGAGAAUCUGAUCUUUUUUGCAUUUUAAUUGGCACAAAUGUGGCUUGGAGUAUUUUAGAAAAGGCAGCAUAAUAUAGGAAAGAAAAUGAUUAAAACAAUGUGUUAUACGUAUUCACCCUUGAGGAACUUGUUACUGUAUGUUUACAUGACUAACAAGUUUUUUUCUGAUCAAAUUAGUAACUAAUCUCUUCCCUUUCUCUGUUACUGUAGUCUUCCUCCCAAUCGACAUUAAAUGUAAGCUCUUUGGGGGAAAGGAUCUGUCUUCCUUGCUUAACUUGUUUUCUAAAGUGGUGUGUAUUCUGAAGCUUUUAUCCAAAUAUUAUAUUGCAAGAAAUGCACACAAAAAUUGGCUAUAAAAUCUUAAGAGAUUUCAAUUAGUUUUCAACAUUUGUAGGAUGUGGAGGAGCAGGAUAGUGUAUCCAAUACAGGGCAGUGAGCCGGCCGUUAAAUCCUUCAUUGCUAAAAGCAUCGCUCAGAUGCACAUUAGAUUCUGAAUCAUAUGUUGCCCAUGCACAUGUUUCUGUUCAGCUUGUGAGUUUGAUUUUUAAGCUGAGACUCUGUACUUCUACACCAGAUCUUAGGAUACAUACGCUUUAUUAAAGUUUUGAUCUCAGACCAAAGUCUAAUGUUUUUAAUUCUUGCUCUAUACAUUUUCCCCCUCAACUUAAAGCAAUCAGGCAAUUUGCAUGCUGGAAAGACGGGAGAAACCCACUCCAGAUAUGUUUGGAGAACUGCUACAAAAUGCCAGCACCAUGGGGGACUUGAGAAACUGUCCGGUGUGUAUAUGCUGUUUUCCUUUAAUAGAAGCAGUCGACUGAAUGGUAUCUACUGAAAAUCUGUGUCUGCCUGUAUCUAAUUGUAGAAUCCGCCAUGUCUUAAUUCAUCAGCCUACUAGAAAUAGUAGAAAAUAUUGCUGGUUUCAUAAUGGAAAUUGUACAAGUUUGUGUAUGACUGUCAAUUGUCAAUAUUGUCAAUGUUCUAACUGGGUGAGGUUUUCUGACUCCCUCCUUGUUUCAUAUUGUCAGUUUACUUAAACUCACUGUGGGUGCUUCCAGACAAAGAAACCUGCACCACCUGCGCUCAUAUUUACUUUGUGAAUCAGUUACAUUUCAAGCCCUUUCUGUCUUAGAGCAAUAUAUUUAGGGUGGAAAGAGGUCAGGAUUUGAGAGGAUAUGAAACAACAGGAAGCCGCAUUAAUUCCAGUUUUAGUUAACCUGGGUCUUUAUUUGUUACUCUUUUUUUCAGAGCAACUGUGGGGAAAAGAUUCGCAUUCGUCGUGUACUGAUGAACUCUCCCCAGAUCAUCACUAUUGGGCUGGUGUGGGACUCUGAUCACUCUGAUCUGGCUGAGGAUGUAAUUCACAGCCUCGGCACCUGUCUUAAACUCGGAGAUGUAAGUCCAUUGCAUUCUAUAGCAAUAUGUCUCUUCUCCUUUUUUGUUUUUGUUUAUGCCACUGCUGUUAAAUUUUUGUUCCUUUUUACUAUCAAAUGGACUGCAUGGGCUAGAUUUAAGGUUGAGCUAAAUAGUUAACUUCCUUUCUUUUCUUUUUAAGAGAAAAAAUAAUAAUGACCUUUCAGUAGUUUUUAGAUGCAAUUUUCAUACAAAAGACAAUACAAUUUUUGCUUUUUCUUCUUUUUUAAAAGCUUUUCUUCAGAGUAACUGAUGACAGAGCAAAACAAUGUGAACUGUAUUUGGUUGGAAUGAUCUGUUACUAUGGAAAACAUUACUCUACCUUCUUCUUCCAAACAAAGAUCCGCAAGUGGAUGUACUUUGAUGAUGCUCAUGUCAAAGAGGUAAGAAAAUUAGAUUUGUUUAUUUGAAAGUUCAAUAAAGACGUUUGGGUGUUUGUGAGAAUGUGGGUCUAUUUUGUUUUUCCUAAAGAUUUUUAGAUCAUUUUAGGAUGGGUUUUCACAUAUCAGCUCGUACUUGCUUCACCUCAUGCAACUUGUUCUUGCACAGCUUUCAUUUAUUUCCAGGCAUCUCGUGCUAGAAACGUGCAAAGUAAGCUGUGCUCAUUGCAUCUAAAAGGGUCACUCACUAGGAAGGCACUUUAUUUUUGAGAGCAGAGGCUGGUGUUCAUGUAACGGCUGCUAUAUGGAGGGCAUUUUAAAUCACUUCAUGCAGUGGCUCUCCAUGUAGUGAAUGGUUACAGAUUAUUAUUCUAGGGACAACUGCAUAUCAUUUGAAUAAAAUAGAAAUGGGCUGCCUCCCUAUAACAAUAUGUGUUCUGGUCCAUAUAUCUAGAGAGCUGUGCAGGGCAAAGGCAGGUUUUUACAGAAAUGUGAUCACUUAAAAAGGAAAAAGAAUGCUGAGUGUGAGGGUAGGGUACCAGAGAAACAUGGAGGGGGGAAGAAAAAAUAGGAGGCUUACUUAACCACACCUUCCUUUUGACUAUACACGAUGGAUGCCCUUUCUGAUAUAUGUUACCCCCGCAGCAUGUGUGAUAUUUGGUUGUGUGAUAUAUGAGUGGUAUUUCUUUCUACGUUUGCAUUGUUCAUUGCUGAAAUUGUUCCUGGCUGGCAGUGCUGCUUGUGUCUACAUUUCAAAUACCUGUGGACUUGUAUACAGCACAGCCACCAAUGCCUGAUAUCAUGAUACUUGGUGCAUUGCUCAGAGUGCAACGUUUGGGUUACUUGUUUGCCUUCCUGCAUCAGGUUGGAACCCUUCAGUUUAUAAGCUUUAUGUCUUAUUCCCUUCUUCUCAGGUGUUUCUGUACAGCUGGCUUUUGCAAAGCUUGUAGCUGAAUGAAUCAUAAAUAGCUUAUGUAGUUCACCCAUCAGUGGCCUGUCCCAGCUGGUUCCCCAUUCUUGUUCUUUCUGCAAAAUGAAAUACAACAGACUGUAGCAGAUGUUGGCUAGUGCAAACAUGCCAUCAUUUAAGCAUGCUGUUUCCUAAUUAGAAGUUCUUCUCUCUUGCUGCUCUGGAUGAAGUACUUGCCAUGAAAUCUAUCAUUUUGAGCAUACAGUUCACUUUGAUAUUCUCUGUGGUUCUCAUCUUCUGUUCCUACUUGUCAAAAGCCAAAAAGUAACAAAAGGAACCAUCCUAUUGCAGUGUGAAUAUUCACAACCCCUAAAAGAGGAACUUUACCUCUUUAAUUUAUUUUUGGUUGUCUUUCUCUGCCGUAAAAUACCUGUAUUUAAAAAACAUCCCUGUGUAAGGAUAAAAUGCAUUUUAAGGUGCUUGCUACAGUGCAUGUCUGUGAAGUACAGGUGGUGACCAUUUUGCAUGGUGGUUCCGUUCUUGGCCCCCAUGUGCAUUAGCGGAGUGUACAUAAGCCUGCCCCACCCUGUUGCCACCCAUUCUGCUCUCUCCUGGGUCCAAAAGGACCUGCAGAUCAAUUGGACAUGUGCGUAAUGGUCACCACCUGUACGAAACAGAGUAGUGGUUAUUGGAACACUCAGAAUGCUACUUGUAUUUUACAUGCUGUACAAAUCUUUUUCUGUAUAUUCAUUCUGAUGGACAUCAACACUUUGAUCUUGAAAGUAUGUGCAAUUCAGAUUUAAAUAAUUAAGAGGUUUUGUCAACAGUAAAUACUCCAUUGGCAUAUCAUUUUCAUUUUUAAGGCUUUUCGACUCAUUUUAUAUCUCAGAACGUUACUCCAUUGCUACAUUAAAUCUUUUGUAUGUAAGUUCAUAAUGGUCAAUCAACGUUUGAUUCCUGCCUGCCUCUUUGCCAAGACCAAUGUCUUUUUCAUAUUAUGGUGGCAAAGGAGGGAGGCUGAGCAAUUCUGGCAAGGGACCAGGAGAUUUAGAGUAGUAGGUCCACAAGCACAUCCAAAAUCCUAUUGGCUCAUGCCAGCCACAUGUGGAGGGUAAGGUGUUGCUUUAAGCUGGUGAAAUUGGAGGACCGGGCCUUUAAGCAGAUCCAUGUAGCUACCCCCACCCCUACCCAGAAAUGGUCCAUUUCAGAAUUUCCCACUGGCUACUGCUGGUGAAAAGGCUACUGCAUGCUGUCCUUGUCCUCAACUGCCAGCUUUUUGUCUGCAUGAAGAAAUGUGCUCAUGAGAAUACAAAUUAUCACUAAAAUCUUUAAAUCACAUAGCCUUUAAGAAUAUCCAGUGAGGGCAAUUCCAAAAGCCUAAAAGUUCUUGCUCAGGUUUAUCUUAGGAGAUGCGUCCAAAAAAACCAAACCCCUCCCCAGCGAGUACUACAUUUGCUCAUAGAGCAUGCGGGGGGGGGGGGAGAAUAAGAUUUCGUGACUUUCUCCAACUGAAAGCAUUAACACUCAUUCAAAAGAAAUAAAAGAGAAUUACUUUUAAUGUAACCUAAGUUCAAUGUGAAUCUCCGUUGACUAAUGAUGUGUUGUUAUUUUUUAUCAUAAUUCGAACUAAAUGCAGGUAACCUCUACUAAGAUGUGUUUUGAACUUUUCCAAAAAUUUCAGAUAGGUCCGAAAUGGAAAGAUGUUGUGACCAAGUGCAUUAAGGGUCAUUAUCAGCCCUUGCUACUACUAUAUGCAGACCCGAGAGGAACUCCAGUGUCAACGCAGGACCUUCCCACACAGGUGGACCUACAACAGUAUAGCAGGACCUACUAUGAUAGUGAAGACUCAGGUAAUCUUUGAGCACUCUAGUUUCAGAGUUCUGCGUGUAUUUUUGCCAGUCACCAAGAUUUAUGGUGUGUUUGCCUGGUGAAAUAACAGAAAGCAGAGGAGUGGCAAAGAAAUCCUGCUGGAUAAGAGAUGGUGUCAAAGUGUUCUCCAAAACUCAGUAUGCAAAUAAAAUACCAUUUUUUAAAUCCAGAAUUUCCAAUGGGACUUGGAAUCAUUUAUUACUGUUAGGCUGCCGCAGUGCAGGUUGUGGCCUUCUGGUGAAUCCUCAGGUGCUUAGAUUUCAUACUGAAAAACACAAGAGGGAACUGACAAGGACUUGCAGAGGAGCAAGGCAGAAGUCAGGGGCAAGUGAUUCUCUAAAUUCUUCUGCCUACCUGUUCUUUUCCCCACAAGGAAUUGACCAUUGUACAAGGUUAGAUUGGGUUUAGAUGACAUUUCACCUGAGCCCAGUUCCUGUCUUCCAGCAGCGUCAGUUCACACAGUUGCCAAUCAUGUAGGUUUGAUGUUUUCGCUUUUGCCAAUGCUGCAUUUGAUAGGAGAUUCUCCCUUGGUGAAGCUUUUGCAACCUACUUGUAUCCUCACCCUUUUGUCAUUUUGCUGCUGAGCUACAUCUUGAAGUCUACUGAAUUCCUGAUUUGGAAACAGGAAGUCUUCCCCUAAAUUCCUGUUCUUGAGGAACAAAGGAGGGACUAUUUUCUCACUUGUUUUUAUGGGUUUGACUCAUCAUUUUUAUGGGUUGGGCUCAUCAUUCUGAACAACAACAGCUCCACAAGGAAGGGCAAAUCAUGACUAGCUCUUCCUCCUGCCUUGAAGACUGGAGGGCAUAACUCAGCAGCAAUUAAUUCCUUCGUUUCAUCUUUGAGAAGAGGAAUGUAGGAACUAAAAAUUUAUUCCCCUCCCCAGUGCCUUCCAUGUAUUAUGUGAGGUAGCAAAGGCCCAGGGAGAUAUAUUCAUUGUUCUCUUGAAUGCUUGCCACUGCUAGAGCAUCUUUCAGAAGCACCGUAAGAGCUUUCCAUUUGAUGAACUGUUUGGUGUGGCAGGGAGCUAGGUUAAAAUGCUACAUCUGUCCCAGUGCUAUAGGAUCAUUUCGACUUACUUGCGGUAAUGCAUCCAGCCAUGUGCCCUCUGGCCCCCUUCCCUUCCUGACUGGUUGAAGCUAGUUGGAGGGGGAUGAUCAGGUAGACCAAGGGUGUUGUGAACACAUCAUUGUAUGAUGGGAUGCUGCCUGCAGCCCUUAAGGAGGUGGUGGUGUCCUCUCUAACCCAAUGGUGUGUAAUAAGUACUGUCCAGUCACCAGUACCCCAUCUUGAACAACUUGUGUACAGGAUACUUUAAGUGCCACCUGAGUCCUUAUAUCCAGAGUACUGCUGUUAUUUCAGGAGCCGACUGGCUUCAGCUAGCAGUCCGGCAGUUAGUGUCGCCAGACCCAUGCUGUGGAAUAGUCUUCCAGCAGAGAUUCGGACAUCUCUUGAAGACCUUUUAAGGCCAACAGGCUAUUCAGUAGUUUAAACUUUUGCAAGAUGAGAUGCUUAUUUUGUAUUGGUUUAUGCUAUUUUAUGUUGUAUUGUACUUGCAUAUUUUGCUGUAUACCACCUUAAUAUUUUAGAUGAAGGGUUUUUUAAAAAUAUUUUGUAUAAUAAGAGGGUUUUUUUGUAAGGUAAUUAAACAUUUCCUGUGCUUUUGAGGAAAUUCAUCAAUUGCAAAAAAAAAAAAGGUUGUUCUUGGCUGCACUGAGAUAUGUUAUUAUGCACAGUGGUUGUUGUACAUCAUUGUAUAACACUUCUCAGUUACUGUUUUCCAUCUUAGCCCUUUUCUGAUUUGCCCUUCUAAUUCUCCUAUCAUUUCUUUUUAUCAGGGCGUGAGCCUUCUAUCGCAAGUGACACUAGGACAGACUCUUCUACAGACAGCUAUCCCUAUAAACAUUCCCACCACGAAUCUGUGGUCAGUCACUUCUCUUCUGAUUCUCAGGGAACUGUCAUUUACAACAUGGAAAACGAUGUAGCUUCGCAAAGCAGCAGGGACACAGGUAAUCAUUUUCUUCAUUUAAGGCAAACACAAAGUUGGCCCUAUUAUGAGCUACACUGAGCCACAUGGCUUAAGGCAGCAGAUCCGGGGUGGGGGUGAGGGUGGUGGCGUUUGUGCUGACUGAGCUCCCAUAUGCCUCCUGCAGGGCCACCCACCCAAGUUCAGGCGAUCAAGUGUCUUAUCAGAGUAGGGAUUUUUCAAAUGUCUGCUGGGCUGCCAGCCUGCCUGCCUGUCAGAUCCUUAGAGCUGUGCUUCCCUCUCCUUAUUUCUUGGGUUGGGACCAUGAAAACAAAGCCAUUGAAAGAUAUGAGCUGGGCUUUCUGCAGCUGUAGCAAAAAUCAGCAGUAUCUGUCAAUGGGUGGGCAUUUACUGUCACCCAAUCCAGCUCAAUUAAGGAAGGAAAAUGAAUGGUAGAAGGUAGGUGAGCUGAGGGGGAGCAGGUGAACACUAAGCAAUGGGCCAAAAGCAAUGGGAAUAGUUGAAGACAAGAAACAAUUUACUUUCCUUUCUUCUCUCUGUGAUUCUUUGAUCCAUUUGCUGCUGCUUUUCUUUUGCUACCUGUUUUGUCAUUCUGAUGUGCGUUCCCAUGCUUUGGAUUAUGGUCAAAGUUUUGCAACCCGCCAAGCAUUGGAUAUGGAUGUUGUGAAAAGAAACUGUUCAGAGCCAAAAUAGUGCAGUGUGGCUAGUGGAUCUGAAUAUGAAAACCCAGGUUCAAAUUCCCACUCAGACUUUAAGCGCUUGUGGGAUGACCUUGGGCCACUCCCCCUUUCUCAGCCCAAUCUAAUUCACAAGGAUGUUGUGAGGAUACAGCGUGGAGGAGACAACUGCUACCUUGAUCUUUGUUGAAGAAAUGUAAAAUAUAAUUGCAACACAUGAAUAUGCUGGUGUGAAAUGAAUAAGGAGCUCUUUUGGAUGUGGCCCAGUCUGCUCCCACACCCGCAAGAGGGAGUUGCUGAAUAAUUAAAACACCAGCAACACAGCAUUACACAAAAUAUAUUCAAAACAAUGUGUUGUUUCCCCCAUACCAGGCUUUAUUUCUGUUGGUUCUGUUUUCAUGGUUUGCAAAUGUUUGAAGUUUUAAAUAUGCUACAGUAAUAGACUCCCAGCCCUAAUAAGAGAGGAAGGUGAGCCAGAAAAGGGAGCUGAAGCAGGUAUCACUUCUAUGUAAACAUGUAAUUAGUUGCAAUUAACUAAUUCACCCUGUGCAUCCUUACCUGCUGAGUUACCUGGUGCCCUGUGUAGUUCCCAUGGUGAUCAGAAGAGUUCAUGCUGGGUCCAGUAUAUGUAAUCUUUGUAUCUAUAAGUUCUUUCGGUUGCCUUGGGAACCAUACAGGCUGGUGAACAGCAAACAUGAAAUCUUUUUCUUUCAAAAUAUUAAUGCUUAAGGACUUUCUCAAAGCUUGCCCUUGUCAAAAUUUUGUAUUGUUUCAUCUCUAAAUUUCAGGGUCACUUAUUACUUCCCUUGAAGUACUGGGAGGGGCGGUUAUCUCCUCCUAUUGGCUAUGGGCAAAUCUAGUUGCUGGGGCUCCGUUAGAAAGAGAGUUGUAGGCAGAUAGUGAUGCAAAGAUAUGUUCCAGACCUUAUGGGCAAUUUUAAAAAGUAACAUCAUCGUUGCUGUUGUUGUUGUUGUUGUUGUUGUUGUUGUUUCAAUGCCACUUUUAUAGAAACAAAUCUAGAGGCAUUUUACAAAACCUUAAAACAUCAAAUAAAACCGUGCAGAAUAAAACAAAUCACUGCAUCCAGAUGACAUCUACUCUCAGAGAGGACUUAAAUAGCUCAGAUAGGAAGCUGUUGAUCUGACAAAAAUAUGUAACUUUCCCCUAAGAUUGGUCUUCAUAACGAUGGACUAGAAAAUGGCCAUUACAGUGCUCUCUCUUUCUUUUUUUAAAGUAAUGGGGUGGGUGGCAGUGGCGAGGAAUGCAGAAAAUUGCAAGCCAGUUAGCUUAACAUCUAUUCUAGGUAAAUUGUUGAAACACACAUUGCUAAAGAAAAAUUUAUCAAGCAUAUGGAAUAGAGUGAUGGACAAAUCUUGCUGAAGAAGGAUCAAUAUGAUUUUUCUAAGACAAAUUUUAUCUCACUAACUUUUUAGAUUUUUGUUAAGAGUUCCAGUGAGCCCACUGAUCUUCUUUUAAUUGGGGGAGGGAGGGAAUCUGGAAUGGCACAGCCAUUGCCGAGAGCAGAAAUGCUCCAAGGAGGUUUUCCUGAUCAGUUUGUACAGCUGGCUGAUGACACAAUGAGUCAAUGCCAGUACUAGGGCACAGCAGAGGCAUUUGGGAUAUUAUGUUGGGAAUGCUAAGAAGGUAGUCAGGAGAGAAACCAAGCAAUAAUGUAGCAAGCUUGAUCAUCUGUGGUAUGACUGGAAGUUUAACCAUAGUUUGUUAACCAAAGCAUGACUUAGCGUCACAUGCAAACCAUACCAUUGUUGGGUGGGGGGUAAGUAAGGGACAGAUGAUGGGAGCUGUAUGAAAUUAUGCAUGGUAUGGAGAAAGUAGAUAGAAACCCCUUGGGGUUAUAUCCAGAGUCAUCUGGAGAAGAUGGAUGGUGGGAGAUUCAGGACAGGCAAAAGGAAGUACUUCACAAAACACACAGUUAUACUUCAGAAUUCCCUUCAUAAAAUAUUACCAUUUUGAUGGCCACUAAUUUAGACAGCUUUAAAAGGUCAUUGAACAAGUUGAUUGAGGAUAAGGCUAGCCAUGUCUCCUAAUCAUGACAUCUGUACCAUGCCUCUGAAUAGGAGAUGUUGGAGAACAACUGUGGCAGAGGACUGUUGUGUUCAGGCUCUGCUUAUGGGCUUCCCUUAGGCACUUGACUGACCACAAACAGGAUGGUGGACUAUAUAGGCUUUUGGUCUCAUCCAGCAAGGCUCUUCCUACAUUCUUUGCAUACCAUGUUGUUAUAGAAGAGCUCAGUUAUGGAAAGGGAAUAUAUAUGUAUUUGAGAAGAUGAAAGGAAGUUCUUCUGAGCUGUAAGGCAGAACUGCAAGGAAACAAAACUAGAAAAUGAUCCCUUCCCCUUCUUGUUACAUACAUUAUUAAAUGUAUUUUCAAACUUUUCAGACUUGAUUUCCCCUCCCCCCAUUAUUAUCUUACACAGUAUGCUGAAUUUCUGAACUGGGGUGGCCAACCUCUGACUUUCCUAGAUGUAGCUGGACUCUAGUUCCCAUCAGCUCUAGUAGUCAGGAAAGAUGGCAGUUGUAGUCUAGCAACAUCUGGACCAAACACAGGUUCUCCACCCCUGUUCUCAACUGGGCUGAUAGCUGUGGUAUGAUACCAAGAAAAGACCAUAAGUGCAGUAGGAGGAAGAGUGAAACAGAGGUAUCACAUUCGCUUGGAGAGAUGCAUGAAUUCUGUCUGUUAGUAUGGUAGUACUGAAAGGUGCUAGUGGCCCCGGAGGAUUUUGAGCCAAAGCUCAAUGCGUUGCCUCCUGUCCCUCUGUAUUAGCUGUUUAACUUACCACAUCUAGAUGGAUAGUUGCUUUUAUUAUACUGUAACUCUUCACUUACUGAACUGAUACACUUACUGAAAGCUAUUCAUUUUACUCAGUUCUAGCAUUAACCGGCAGUUUGUGGGGAGUGAAAAAGGUCUGCUAUUCUUAGAAUGCAACACAGCCAAUUGGAAUGCUCUUUCCAUCUGAAGUAUAUUCUUUUCUUUCAGGACACCUGACUGACAGUGAAUGUAAUCAGAGGCAUAUUUCCAAAAAGGGCUCGCUGACAGACCGCAAGAGGAGUUCCAGCAGGUCUCGGAAAAAGGGAGAUGAAUCACAGCCGUCAGGAUAUCACAGUGAAGGCAAGAAGAAUGGUUUAAUUCUUCUGUGUGUCUGUCCAGCAUAGAUUGAAUCUCUUCUUUUGCCUCUGCCAGUUUAGAAAGAUGAUAAACGUACUGUUAAUUUAAAAGAAAGUUAUGUAGCUCAUACUGUCUUCUGCUUCUAUUCUUGAGCUGCAGGGGAAACAUUGAAGGAGAAACAAGCCCCCAGAACUGCCCCUAAGACAUCCAGCAGUACCAGCAGGCUGAGGGAAUUUAAAGAGACUGUCAGCAACAUGAUCCACAACAGACCAUCACAGACAAGCCAGGGCUCUCCACGAACAGGGAAGGAUCAGGCUGAGAUACAGUCACUGCCCAGAGCUCUGCCUGCUCUGUCUCGAGACUGGGAAAUGGAGAGCACAAGCAGCGAAUCCAAAUCAAGUUCUUCUAGCAAGUACCGUCCAACUUGGAGACCCAAAAGGGAGUCACUGAACAUAGACAGCAUCUUCAAUAAAGAAAAGAGGAGACAGUGUGGUUACACACAACUCAGCCCCUUCUCUGAGGAUUCAGGUAAGAAUUUGGGAGAGGUGUGGGUUGGGAGAGUAUGAAAAAUGCAUUCAUUUUUUUUAUUAGUCACUAUGUAGAAACAACUGAUAACAUUGUUAACUAGUAUGCAUAGCCAGUAAAUUUUCUUACGCUGUAUCAGAUGAAUCUGUGAGGCUAGUCUGAAUUAUCCUUUGUGCCAUUUUGGCCCUGUGAACAACGUGUUUGCUGAAAUAUUUCAAACACACUCAAAGGUCUAUAUUUUCAUUGUGAGAGGUCCUUUCAUCAUUCCCUUUCACUUGUCUAUGCAAAACACAGCAGUCAUAUUUUGCUUUUUCCUGCUGUACAGUAAUUUAGGACGCUAGAUUAGAAAAGCAAUUGAGGACAGCUACUCACUACUGUUUCUGUUGAAUCUCUCUGACAGUGAAAUUGACUGAUACAGAAUCAGCGAGUGACUAACCCUGGUUUGCCUCGAAUAGAAAAGCCCUUUAAUUGUCAAACCAAAACCCAGUCUUCAGUAAGGAAACAUCAGAAACUAUAUUCUCCGUGUGAAAAUGGAAGAUGGGCGUACUCGCUAAUCCUGCUCCUGCUUAUCCAUAAUGGUUAGGGAUGCAAACUUUUUUUUUUAAGCAAGAAACCUGCACAAGGAAUGGUGAAGACAUUUUGAAGUGGUCUCCACUUCAGAGGUUUCAGAAUUAGAGUUGCUUGGAUUUAGGAUGAAAAAAAUUGAGGCUGUUUAAUGGUGUAGCAAUUGGAUGGGAAGGAGGUAGUGGAAACUAUUGAUACGCUCUAUAAGAAUUGGAAAUUGCUGAGAAUUCAAUAGAAAUAGGAAGACAGGCAUCUUUCUAGGUGAAUUAAAGAAAUCGAGACAGAAGGAUUGAUUUACAUAACCAGUUUCUAUCACCAAGUAGAAACAACUCAUUUAAAGCAUUUGUUUUAAUUAAAAAUAAUUUAUUUAGAUUCUUCUUUAACAUGAAUAUAACCUUUAUGCAAACAGGUGGCACCCUCCAAGAUUCUGAAAUACUUAACUUUAAUAAAAUGUUAUACAGUGCACUGCUUAUUUUUAGAUAAUAAACCAAUUGCAGGGAUCAGGUAGUUGCAAAGCAUAAAAUAGGUGCAAAAAGGUCACUCAGAUAAGUCAGUGGAAUAACAAUUUGACCUGACCUGGCCAUAAUCUAGGUAUAGGAUGACAGAUUGUGAUGAUUUUCCUCACAGGACUUCCUUUGCCAAAGCAAGCAGCUUUUCAUAAUUGUUUAUGGUUGUGUUUAUUGUAAAUCAAGAGCUACUUUCAAACAUAGUGGCCACACUUGGAGCACACAGUCCGCUAACUCAUAAUCUUAAUUUACUAGGUAAUUGAUCUGCACAAAAAAGAUAAUAAGCAGAGCACAAUUAACAAGUUCUUUGCAAAGCAAUGCAGGAGGUUUUGUGGCUUGAAAAUACUGCUUUGGUAAUUGAUGAGAGCUCAUUCACAACUGAGCAUACCCAGUGGGUUUUUGUUUACUUGCUUGCUUCAUUCUGUUUGCUUAGGGUUAUUUCCAGUCUCUAUAGCAACUGACAAUCUGUUAAGGGCAAGCUUAUUUAUCAUGUUGAUUUGUAUUAAAGCCAGAUUUCAUUUAAACCAUUUUAAAAAAAUAUACUUUCAAUAUAACUUACUAAAAACCCCAAUUUAAAUCUGAUUUUCAAAAAAUCGUCUUUUAUCUUUCAUCAUAGUUAUGUCUUAGGGGACCUCUAUAGAGUAGGGAAGAGGAGCCUGUGGUCCUGCAGACAUUGUUGGAUUCCCAUUAGCCCUAGUCACUCUGGUCAGCUAUCUGGGACAAUAACAUCUGGAAAACCACAAAGAAGAAAGACUGGUUGCUUACCUGCAGUUGAUGUUCUUCAAGUAGUCGUCUGUGCAGUCACACAGCCCUGUUGGUGCUUCCCCUCUCCUCCCCCCCCCCCAAAAAUCUGCUGGCAGUUAGAAAGAACUGAAUGGAAAAGUCCUUGGCUCACCUCUUUAACCAAAGGUUCCUCGUAUUUCUGGGAGGGAAGGAUAGGUGUUGGUUCUCUGGCGAAGGUUCUAGAAGGCACUGGUCCCAGCAGUGUUGAGUGCACUGAUAACAACUGAAAGAACAUCAAUUACAGACAAGCAAUCUUUCUAGGAUGUUGAAUUGUAUAGAGAGUGUGACAGAAUAAAAUUUGAUUCUUCACUCAUGUUCUUUGUAUCUUAUCAGCUAAAGAAUUUAUGGAAGAGGAGCCAAAGGAGCCAAUCUCCCAAACAAGAUCAAACCAACCCAACAAGUAUAAGCAAUGGACUCUAGGUCGGGGUGCGCACUAUAUGAUGGAUCAACAACCUCGUCUGAUCCAAAGGAUGGAAUCUGGCUAUGAAAGCAGCGAACGCAACAGCAACAGCCCAGUCAGCCUGGACAUGCCUUUAUCAGAGAGCUCCAGCACCUCCAGGUAAGUUUCAUAAAAAUAUAACCUGGUUCCAGUUCCAGUGCUCUAAAGCUCAGUUCACACAUUACCCUCGUAAUAUAUCAUCGCAAGAUUUCUCUGUUAACCACAUUGGGAGCUUACAUGGAGAGAUGGUCUGUAAAUUAGAAUAAAUUAAAAAUCUGCACAGGCCUCCCAAGGGCUUUCAUGGCUGCUAAAUUGACAACUGAAGAAGGGUUUGGAUAUGAUAUCCCGCUUUAUCACUACCCUAAGGAGUCUCAAAGUGGCUAACAAUCUCCUUUCCCUUCCUCCCCCACAACAAACACUCUGUGAUAUGAGUGAGGCUGAGAGACUUCAGAGAAGUGUGACUAGCCCACGGUCACCCAGCAGCUGCAUGUGGAGGAGCAGGGAAUUGAACCUGGUUCACCAGAUUACGAGUCCACCGCUCUUAACCACUACACCACACUGGCUACAGGUGCAUGUGUUGAAGGGAUGCUUUUCAUCUCUCAUUUUGCCCCAUUCCCCAAGCGGGCAGGGCAGCCAACACUAUACUUUCCUUUGCCAACAGUGCCCCACUAUCUCUUGCAAAGAGGAACAAGGAAGUCCCAAACUGUUUACUUUCUUGUUCUAUUUGACUUUAGUUAUUCCCACCCACUCUUUAUGUUCUGUUCUAAACUGCAGACAAGAGGAGCCGAGCAGCUAAUAUUAGAGAUAACAAGGAAUGAUAAUUGUUGGGGAGUGAUUUCCUUGUUUCUCUGUGCAGGAAAACAGUGUUGCUGGGGGACAGAAUUGCCCACAGUGGCCAGAUAAAGAAGCUUCCUGUUAAGAGGUUAAUGUAUAAACUAAGCCUAGGAUCUUGGAGUUUGAGCUAAAAUAUAAAUUCACUACAGUGUUGGAAGUAAACAAAACACCAGAGAUUCCAGCCCCUUGUUCUUAACUUUAGACCAUUCUAUGGGAGUGCAUUUUGGGGUUCUAAGGAGCCAGAAUGCCAUAUGUGAAAUACAGGAUAGGUCCUUAACCUCUACUUUUAGGAUCUGUAUACUUCCGACUGAAAGGGUAAAAAUGUUAACUAAUGUUGAGGAAGGUAUGGAAAUCACCUUUUGAAGAUCUGGCAGGUCUAAAUCCAUGGCUUCUAGGGCAAAGGCUAUACAAAAAUACUGCACCUAUAGUGUAAAAAACACUGGGAGGGCAGGGGAGGAACAAAAUGGGGAGGGGUGAGGUGGAAAGGGUUUGGACAGGUGUAGAAAGUGGGCUGGCAAAGGCCUUUGUGAGUAGGCAGGGUUGGUGUGUUAGACAAGCAAGGACAGCAGACCCUAGUAGUUCAUAAUAGAAUAACCUUGCUUUUCUUCGGGUUAAAGAGAUUCUCAUAUGAAGCGACCUGGAGCUUUUGUUCCUGCCUGGCGUAACAUUCCCAAAUCACAUAGCAGCAGUAUCUUGGAGGUAGAAUCUGCACCAACUGCUAGUAGCUGGUCAAAGAACAAGCACGCCAUCGGUAAUGGUAAGGUUUUAUUUUCCCUCCUAAAGUACUUGCAGUCCUUGGAGCAUGUUAUUUCUAUUACUGCCUCCGCCUGCUGGGUUUUCCCCCCUCAUCUCACACAAGUAGAAGGCAUCAGAGCUGUGGGUAUUCCUCACUGUGUCACACUAGCACAAGUUCUUAGUAUUGGCGGCAGAGUAUCAUUGGCCCUCAACACCAAAAGAAAGUCUGGUGAAAGCAACAAGGUGGUAGCUCAAGUGACUGGGAUAGGCUGUGAGGGCUCAGAGCACCUGCAGUGUGAACAGAACACACUACUUACACAAUUUGCUGAAUAAUCAGGCAUAUUGAGAAAGGAAUGAAUCUUUUCUCUUAUACUUUCAGUUCCAUUUAAUAGAAAUGCCACUUGACACGUUUUCAGUUGUAUUAUUUUUGCUUGGUGCUGUGGCAGUGGGGAAAAUGAAAAGCAACCACAAUUAGAAGUAGGCUGUUGUCAUCCAGAAAAAUACAUGGUUUUUUUGUAAACAACAAAGAGCCUUGUGGUACCUUAGAGACCAACAUUUGUUAUGGCAUAAGCUUUUGUGAACUGCAGUCCAUACCAUCAGUUGUAUGAAGCGUUAUCCUAAAUUGCUGGCAUGGGUGGGUGUCUGUCUGUGUACACACACACACACACACACACACACACACACAAUCUGAAAUAUAUUUACCAGGUAAAUCACUGUUUAGAUGCCUGCUUUCAUUUUCAGUCUAUUCCACACUGCUACAUCUAGGUGCAAGAGCCUUCAAUGGUGGAGCAGUGAUCAUAACCAUGGUUUGUAAAAGCAUUCUAAAAAAUAGCACAAAACAUUGUUUGCAAACCCGCUUCAAACUGGUUUCUGAUUUGGGUUUAUGGUUGGUCACUUCAUUGUAGCAACCACCCAGAAGUUGUAGGACUGCAACCCCCAUCAUUCCUUACCAUUGGCCAAACUCCAUGGGAGUUGUGAGAGUUGGAGUCCAACAACCACAGAGUCCAUAGGUUCCCAAGCCCUGCACUAAACAUAGUUAAGCUUUAUUGGUUGUGGUUUAUUAUGAUGUCUGAACUCUGAGAGAGCUGGGGGGGGGGGAGGGAGUUUUAACGUAGAUUGAUCUGAAUUAGCAAAAGGAAAUGGGGUGGAUGAGAAGCCCAAGGAACAGCCUAUGUUUUCCAGACUAAUUUGGGGAACAAGAAAUUGUACAGCGGUUUGGGUUUUGUGGUGAAAGAAUAGAAGGUAUAGGAGAUGAUGCUAAAAUUGCAUGCCCAGCAAGUAGAGAGGUAUUGGUGUGGGCAGAAAUAGCAGGUUUUCGCCUCUUUGAUAAGUCUCAUAUUGGAAGUAAUUGCUUGGUACAAACUUUGUAUCAGCUAUAGUAGAUUUAAGAAAACUGACCAAAUUUUUUGGGGGGGAGGGGGGCAGUGUAAUCCUGGAAAGAAAAUGGCAUGUUUAUUAACAAAAUGUGGUGUUCUUGAUGUUUUUUCCCUUCUCAAGGCGGGGAGGUGCUUGUCUCUUCUAAGAGUGAACUGGAUGAAUUACAGGAAGAAGUGGCAAGGAGGGCCCAGGAGCAGGAACUUCGAAGGAAGCGGGAAAAGGAACUGGAGGCUGCAAUGGGCUUUAAUCCCCGCCCAAGCAGGUUCAUGGACCUGGAUGAACUGCAAAACCAGGGUAACAUGUAUGGGCAGGCUAUCCAUCUUGCACAGAAGUGGUAGGAUUGGGGUUGGCUGAUCUGUGCCUAGGAUGAUAAAUGGGGAGAGAAUGGUUUACUACAAAGAUCAUUUUACACCCUUUGGGGGUUGCAGUGUAACUUCUGUAGCAGUUUCAUACAUACUUGCAGAGUUUGUUAGAUGUGUUUCAGUAGAAAAAGGAGGUCCUUAGCUUUAUUGAUUUCCUUUCCUUUCUGUCCUAUCAUUGGAUCCCAAAGGGCUCUAAAGGCAUUAAAAUAAGUGAAAAUAAGUGAAAUAUUUUUUUACAUUGGGGCUGCUGUCAAGAGUGAACUAGAUGAAUUACACCCAGAAGCUAUAAAACGCCCAAGAAUGAAAAACAAAUACACAGAUUUCCACUAGAGAUAAUAUGUUUUGUGAUACCUCUUAUUCUGAAGUUUUUUUUCUGUCUAUGUUAUAUCCACUUUUAAACAAAGUUCCUCAAAGUAGUUUACAGAAAUGGAGUUAAUAAACCAACCGCUCUAACCAGUAGUUUGAACUGAGCUUGAAAAUGAACAGAGAGCUAGCUAGGGAAGCUGUUUUUAAAACCGCAAGGUAUGUUCCAAACAAUCAGUUCUGGUUAGUAGCGUUUUCACUGCAUUGUACACAGGCUGUCAUUUCUGAAUAGUCUUCAAAGGGAGUCCAACAUAUAAUAUGUUGCAGUAGUUAAUUUGGACGUUGCCAGGGCAUAGAUGACAGGUGGUUAAGCCAUCUCAGUCCGGGAGGAGUCUCAGCUGGUGCACUAGCUUUAGAUAAUGAAAGGGACAUCUGAAGUUGGUGCUGAAAUUAACAGCAGUUUCAAACUGUGAAUCUGACCCUUUAGGGGAAGAAGAAACUCUCCAGAGCAGGCUGAACAAAUAUUCUACCUUUUCUGGACUGAGCUUCAGUUUAUUAGCCCUUAUCCAGUUCAUUACUGCUCCUGGGUUCCAUAUUUAGCCCACCCACCUCCUCCCUGUAUUAGAGGAAAAUGAAGGAUAAAACUGGAUAUCAUCAACAUACUAAUGAUACUUGCUUCUUAAUCCCUGGAUAGCAUAGCUGCAUUUGACCCACAGUUUUCCCUCUCUUUCUCUCUGCUGUGCUUAUGAUUCUGAGAAGGGUCUGCUAUUCAAAAUGUUGCAGAGCUAAGGUUGCUCUGCGUUAGGGAGGGGAUGUUGUCUUUUGCUGAGGUGAAGCGGGGAAAGGAAACUUGAAAAGAAUGUCAAUGAAAACGAAGAGUGCUGCCCCCUUGCAGGGAGGACUGAUGGCUUUGAGAGGUCUGUGCAGGAGGCAGAUUCAGUCUUUGAAGAAUCACUGCAUCAAGAGCAGAAGGGAGACUGUGCUGCAGCUUUGGCUCUCUGUAAUGAAGCUAUAUGUAAGUAAUUCUUAAUUGCUUCAGCUUACCCCGCUUUUUGCAGUUUACUAAUAUCUAAUAUCAUCACUUAGGAAAGUAAAACUGGACAGGUCAAUGCAAACUCACAGUUGGAAAAAGCUUGUGUGUGUCUUAAAAGUGUAUGGAAGCAUCUUCUUUGUGAGCACCAUCAUCCCUGGAAUUCAGUCCUAGCGUUUCCCCAUCCCCUUUUCCGACUGGGGCUCCUUUUGAACUAAGGCAAUAGAAAGAGGAACAAAAAUGUUCCACUUGAUGCCAACAGUUCUGACUGCUGUAUUAUUCUACCUCCUGCUUUCCAGCCGCCCGUCUCCCCCAUGGCAUACAUUCCCCCCCAGUUCAGAGACUGGUUUCUCAAAAAGUUUAAAUUCCCAAAGUACAGCAUAUAGCCUUAUUCCCCCCAGAAAGGAGAGAGUGUAUGCUGUACCAGUUGAAAUUUUGUGAUGGAAGAAGAGGCAUCAGUGUUUCAAUAAGUUUAAGACAUGUGCUGUGACUUUUGGGAACAUGUGCUGCUGCAUUUCUUUAUUUUGAUACGUUAUAUUUUUGAUUGGCUGACUCUUUCCCCACCCUCCAUUCCCUUCUUGCUGGUUAGCAAGGUUGCAGACAAACUGAUUUCUAAUGUCAUGGCUUUGGAAGGUUGAAAGUAUUUCUUUUUGGAAGUCUGUUCUCAUGGAUUAAAGGAAACAAGAAGGCAAAAUACAGACUUCAUAAAGGCUCUGGUAGCAAGUGUCCCAACUGGCUAUAUCUUGGAUUUCAUAUCCUGACCAGAUUCAUUUGUAUAUAGAGUAUUAUUACAGUAUUUGGAGCUAAACACGGCCAUUUGAAAUGAAACAAUUAGUUGCUUCAAUGCAUCAGGGAGUGACCCAUGUCACAGAGAAGAGGGGGUUUCCUAAAAAAAGAAAAAUAACAAAACUCAGCUUCGUAUCUUUUCAGUUUUGAUUAACCUGUUUGGACACAUAGCUAACCUGAAUGUGCAUUAAUGGGAACGGAUGCAUCCUUGUGGACUCUUCUGUGGCAGUAUUUGCAUGUUUCUUUUUUAUGUUUUUGUUGCAUCUUUUGUUUUUCUCUCCCUCCCCCCCAGUUUUGUUUUUGUUUCUGCUAUGUUUUCUUUUGCUUUUUAGCUAAACUAAGACUUGCCAUGCAUGAUGCCAGCUCUAGCACUCACAGCAGAGCUCUAGUCGAUAAGAAGCUGCAAAUCUGUAUCCGAAAAGCACGGAGCCUCCAGGAUCGCAUGCAGCAACAGCAGCCAGCACAGCCGCCGCCCACCCGCCACCCGCCACUGGGGGGCAACAUGACCCAAUCUUCAAGGUAGACUAAGAAUAUUGCAGUACUCCAGAUCUGAAUUGGGCCUGAUCUGGAAAGAAGAAGUGAGCUUAUAUGUUCCCCGGUUUGUGUGAAACCCCUUCUUUAACUCAUGCCCCCAAGCAACUUAGAAUAUCGUGGACCUCUCCAGGUGGUGAGAAUAAUUGGAUUUUGUUUUUUGGUGUUGAACAGUGCAAACCCUGAUCCAGAACUAGGACCACAAUCCAUUGAAAGGUUAAUGCCUCUGUAACAGAUGUGGGAAAGGUGUCUUGUUUUAAUGGAAAUGUUCAAUUUGGCAGGGGUAGGGGGUGGAAUAUGCAUUCUAGUGCUGAAGAUGGAAGUAUACAUCUCAUUUUUAAAAAGUCUGCAAAGUAUGCACAGUGGUUGAGGAAUGCUGCUCAUAAGGCAGUAAGCUUGCUGGUUUUGGGGGGUUUGCUGUGCUCAUUUCUAAAGGCCACUCUUCUUCCAUUCUUCCAACAGGGAAUAAUAGUACCUCUCCUUUUUUAAAGGCUGAGAAUGGUGUGGGGAUAGGAGCUGAGUGAAUGUUCCUUAUCACUAGUGAUACUGUGGAUGUUGGCCAACAAGGAACCAGCAGGGGCACACAAGGAAUUUUACUGCAUGUGCCUAGCUAAGGGGGAAUCACAACAACAAAAUGGCAGUUUAGAUGCUGAGAAAACAAAACAGAACCACCUAUAAGGAGAAAGACAGAGAGAGAGAUCCACUGCAACAGCCAAGUGCAACAGCUUUGCAUUAAUUGUACAAUAAAACAAUUGUCUAGUAAGGUAUUUAAAGAAAUUGAUAGUGGUUUGCUAACCCAGGCAGGUUUUCUUCACCACAAAGAAAAAAAUAAUAGAUAGAUGACAGUACCAUUUAAAAAAGGAGCCGUGUGAAGGCAAAAAUAAGAUGUGAAUGAGUGAGAGUAAAAAAGAAAGAAGAAAUGCUUUACAAUACCAAAGUUGAAUACGCCAUGUAGAUAAAAGAAAGCCCUUCUAUUAAUGAGUUUUGAUGAGACAUCUUCGGAAAUCACAAUGAUGACCCUGCAAUAGCUGUCCACAGGGUGUGUGCACCCCAGCAACCCAACACUGACUGCCAUACAAUCAGUUCUUGUCUGAUUUCUGCAAAUCCUGAAUUACUAUUUUUUAACCAAGUUUGUGUGUAUGGAGGCUUCCUAGUCUGCAAAGUAGUUUUAGAAUGUGGCACAAAGUGUUUGAGCAUGUUCUUCAGUACCAAUCAAAUUGUCAGCGCCAAGUUACAGGUACUGAACCAGGAUCAAUACUUACGUGGUAGCAAGCUGAUUUUUAAAAUUGUAUCUAACGUCCCAAAAUGCACACAAACUAGCAAAUAAAAUGUGGAAGCAUGCCUUUUUCCAAACUAGUAUUCAGUGAAGUCUUUAGUAGAGAGAUAGUCAGUAAGUCUUUGGAAGUAUCCUGACUUCUGCUCAGUUCUGGGGCAUGCCGUUUCUUUUCCAUGCAUUGGAGGGUUGCUUCCUGUGUUCUGAAAUUUGGGGACUUGGAAGCAGGAAAACUCUCUUAGUAUCAAGGGGGAUGAGAACCUCCCUACUCUAGUACUUCAGAGAUGCAUCUGAAAAGAGACACGUGUUCAAAUUUUCCUCAGCUUCAACAAUAGCUGUAUCAUAUGGCCAAAUUGCUUUAUAGUAAAGGGCAAAUAGCAGUUGGGGUGGGUGUGAAGAGAGCGAGUGGCAGGCAGGAAGUUGGUAUGAUCCGCAAAUCCAAACCAAGAACACAUUUCAGACUUGGGACGCACAGCUGCUUUUUCUUCAGAAUGAAAGUGGCCAGUUUGAGUAUGCUUUUUAAAAAGCACAAAUAACACAAUGCAGAUUUAUGCUAAGCCUUGCUUGUUACAGCUUUCUUCUAGUCCUUUUGAGAUUUAGCUGGAAACUGGCCUGAAAGCCAAAAUCCUUUGGGUUGGGGGCAGGCAGAAAGGGCUGGAGAAAAGAGACUCUGCCCUUAGGUAUUUUUUCCAAAAUCCAGGCUAGUUUUGCUUCAGAUUUAAUAGUUAUCAAUUUACCCACCUUAUGGUGGUCGUUGGAGAGAUGUUACAUUGAAACUGGACCAUAUCGCCCCAUUUCCUCUCAUUCAGACUGUUGUGGUUGUGACAAUCUCUUGUGGCAAAAAACUUGGAAGACAUCAAAACUUAGAACAUGUCACGUUAUUAGACUAGAGUUCUUGUUAUUUCCUCCAUUAUAGUGUGCUGUGGUGUACUGUAUACUAAUUUAGAUCCCUACAGUGUGUAUUAUAGACAUGAGUGAAAAUAAGAUCUCUGGAAAAUAAAGUUCCAUCACAGUUUUAAAAUUUGACAUCACCAUAUGCACAAAAAGUAUUCUUUUAUGUAUUAUAUUUUGUAGAUAUGUAUCUGUUACAGAAAUGCUCAUGUUAAAACAACAUUACUUCAAAGGUAAUUUUUAAUGUGGAGAGUAAAUCAACUUGUAACACUAUUAUAGUCACUGGUUCUCAGGGUGAAGAGUCAACUCCAUCUAAAGGGCUUACUGGUUGAAUCUUCUGCAUGAUACCUUCAAACUUCCUUUUACACUUGCUUUUGGAAAACUUCAGCUUAAAAAAAAAUGUGGAGAAAAUAAGUUCUAAGAAGAGUUCUACCAUAACACAGCAGAUGAUGCACAUAAGCUAGGAAUUGCAUCUUCUUGGUUUUAUGAGGAUCUCCUCUGCCCUACUCAGAUUACAAAAACAUACUCCGUGUUUGGGUUUCCCUCUAGAUAUCUUCCAAGCUGCAACUGCAUUUCACAUGCACUUUAACUAGGAGUAUUUUGACAGAAUGCACACUAAAGCUCUUUGUUAUGGAUACUGCUUUGUGAAUGAUGAUGAUAAGUACCAAUGGGACUCAUGCCUGUAAGAAGACUAAAUGUUACCCUGAAAUCAGUAGCCUUUCUUCUCCCACCCCACCAAUUUAUUAUUUUUUAAAAUGCUAGGAGAAUUAACAAUGUGCCUUGUUGAAGGUGAAUUAGAGUGGGCGUUGGUGGAGCACAAGGGGUUUCAAAUUCAUCCUAAGAUUUGUUUUCCAGUUAAGAAGCACUAAAAACUGACUGUGAUUUUAUGUGUGUUUCAGUGAACAGACUGGCCCGCUCCAAGUACUGCUGAGCCAGAAGAUUGUACUGGAACCCAGCAGAGAAGCAGAACUUGGGUCCAGUUCUUACUUCCAUCCACCUGCUUCCCAUCAUGAAAUGCAGUCAUCCUAUCCCAAGUCCUUUCUCCCACCUCCUCCUGAAAGCAACCCCUCUUGCAAGCCUUCUCUGAACUUUCAAACUGCUUCUGCUGGUUUCAGUGAUCGAGCUCCCUCUUUUGCAAGUAGACAUGGGGUGGGUGACAGAUCCACUGGAACGGAGAAUGAAGUCUGCCAUGAUACAGUGCGAGAGGGAGUCUCUCCCACUAGUCUAAAAGACAAUAAGGAUUGCAGCAGUAGCAGUAAGCUCGAAGAAGUGCAUAACAUAGUGGCUUCUCUCACACCAUAUUGCAAAUUGAAAAGUAACAUGGUAAACUCUGGAUCUUUGCCUACGCUCUUCCCCUCUUCACAUCCAGCGCAAGCACCAUCUGAUAAAAACAGCAUUCAUAAUCCAUGCUUCAAACCAUCAGGUUUUUCAGAGAGGCCUCUUGUUGAGCAGCAGUGGGCCAAUCACGCCAUAACCCUGACUUCUCUUUCCCCUUUGCCCCACUGUCCUCCAGAUCUAUUGCCGACUGCAAAUAGGUACCCAAGAGCAAACAGCCAUGAGAGUUUACAUCACUCACAGGAAGAAUUUGUCAGUGGGGGUUCUCUGAAACCUGAGAUGAUCAGUGCUAAGGGGCAUGUUCGCUCCCUUGCAGAGCAAUUUCAGCGGUUGCAGGGUGUCCCCCAGAAGGAGGGCAUUCAUGAGAAAGAAAGGGAAGCGUCUGUCUGUCAUGAUCAGUAUGCUCCAAUGUUACAGCAGGAGCCCUUCAGCAAUCCUCAAUUCCUAGGGCAUAGGCAGCCAGUAGUUGGAAGGCAAGAGAAUGGAAUAUGGCUUGCUGAAAAGUUGAACUCGUGCCUGAGUUCUAGAGACAAGUUCAGUUCCGGAAAUUAUUUUAGUGCUCACAGUAAAAUGUCCGAGAGUUCUGGAUCACACAAUGAAGAACUGUGUAACAAAGGGGAACAAUGUUCCGUAGAUCCUGACUUAUCCCCAGGGAAGUUCAACCACGAGGGAGAAGGGAGAGAGGUGAAUGACGGCAAUCUUGCUGGCUUGGUUACAUCUAUGCCUGUGGACUGUUGGGUAGACAAUGUUAAAAGGUAUUAUAGUUCUCAGCUGGAUUGCAAGAGUGCCACCUGUCUUCCGGUGCCUAGGAACAAGUCGCCUGUGUCUCAUCAAGUAGCCUUUGGGGAGGACCCAAUACAGAAGCACCCACAGUGGAAUGAAGACACAGAACAGGAGAUUUCUGAGCUGGAGUCACUGUAUCAGGCUAGCUUACAGGCAUCUCAGACAAGCCAGUCUGUAUCAGGAAGGCUGGACAAUCCCUGGCAUCCAUUGGGCAAGACAGGUAAUGUAAAUGCUAUGAAUUGCCAUAUAUAUAUAUAUAUAUAUAUAUAUAUGGGGGCCUAGACUGGCAAAAUAUUGCAAGUACUCAGUGCCUUGGAGUGUAUAAAAGGCAUUUCGAUUUAAAUUAAAGGCCAGUGGCAUUGCAUGUUUUGACAUAUAUUGCACCAGUUGGUAACACUGGGAGUUUGCAGUAUAAUUUCUGUUGCUCAAAAAGGCGCAAUAUGAAAUUUUUGGAAACAAAUGUGUAAAACGAACAUGUCAUGAAAUAAAUGCUUAAAGCACACAAGUUAUGCAGAGAAAUCUAUAUCGCCAGGAAAAUGCUGCCAACAUUUUCCUCUGAACUGAUAUGCUUUGAUGUUCAGUUACUUUCUUCAUUCGAUCUGUGCACGUUCCUUGUAAAGGUUUCCCUUGGUGCGCAAGUCUAUCAAGCUCCAUGCAAAAGCUCAAACCUCUGCCAUUAACUGGAGUGUUCUUGUACUAUUUCCUACAAGUCAUACCUACUUUUCUUCUAUGCCAGAACCUCAAAUUUGAUGGGUUAUUAUUCCUCAGAAGAAUUCAGUUUUUAUGAAGACGAUAAUCAACAGUUUUGCAGCAAUUCUCAUUAAUCAUGACCUAUCUUCAGUCAAGAUAACCCUCUUAGCUUGGCAUCUGGAACUGCAUUUUUUACAAACUUUUAGCAAGCUGUGGCUUUCCCUAAGUUUAAAAAAUAGAAAUGUGCAUUUCAUGAGGAAGAAGCCACGGUUAUGCAAUAUUCUGACAUUGUAGGAUGAGUCUUUUACUCAGCAGAUCAUGCCUGCCUUUUCCCUAAAUUGAUGGUAAUAGCCAAAAUUGGACUGGUAGAAUAGAAGGGGUUAGGGUAAGGCCCUUGUAAUAAUAAUAAUAAUAAUAAUAAUAAUAAUAAUAAUAAUAAUAUUUAUUUAUACCCCACCCUCCCCAGCCAAGGCCGGGCUCAGUGCAGCUAACAAGCAAUAAUAAAAACAAGUUGAAUGAAUUCAACUUAAAAACAAGAUUAAAAUACAACAAUUAAAAUAUUGAAACAUUAAAAUAUUAAAAUACAGCCUCAUCACAGGUGGAGAAAGGAAAAAGAAAAAAGAAAGAGGGGGAGGGAAUCAAAUUGGUUCCAAGCCAAAGGCCAGGCAGAACAACUCUGUCUUACAGGCCCUGCGGAAAGAAAUUUGUAGUCUUAAGGUUCUAGUCUUCCCCUCCCCUGCCAUAUCCUUCCUUCAAUCUUUCCACUUUUCCUGGUUUUGCUCCCUGUAUAUGCUGAGCUUUCAAUGCUCCUAGGCCAGCAUGGGUUGUAAUUGGGAGGCAACAGGAUGAGUAAAUUUAAUUCCAUGUGUUGAAUGGCCAUGCCCUACCAUUCUUCCUGUGUUCUGCCAUCAGUGGCCUUUGAGUGCUCCAAGCAAAGUUCAGUUGUGCAGCUUAGUGAAAAACAGUCACUGGUGCAGACAGUGCAGCUCCUCUGCCAAACACACACAUAGUUUUUCACCUUGGUUAAUAUGAAGAAAACUAAGGCAAUAGCUGUGAAGGUAUAAGAAUAUGAAACUAAGUUAUGAGUAAUUUAGCUAAUUUUUUUACUACUGAUAAUCUGCGUAAUAAAAAUGAAUUGGAACUGUAUAAUUUUAAAUUGUGACUUAAUUGUUUCUGAACCUUAAAUAUGGUGUCCUGUAAAAUAAUAGGUUAUGGGAUAGAUUAUAAAGAUCUCUGUUCUUUUUGCUAGCUCUCAUAGUUUAUACUACUGUACUGGUCACUGAUGGUUGGCAGGAAAAACCUGAAUGUUUUACAGAUGUAUACUUAAAAGUUCAGCUUACCACUACUUUCCCCCCUCCCCUUCCCCCACAGCAUCUGCAAACUUACCUACCAGAAAGAUGCGCGGUGUAGCUUGCAUGGGUCUUUCAAAAACACCAACAGCAGAGAUCGAACGUAACCUCUAUGGAACCAUUGCAUCUCCAGUAUCCAAGGUAGCAACACAUUGUACAUGUGUGCUGAAAAGAGGGUUGUGUUAAAUAAAGGAAUGCUAAAAAGAUGUGAGGAAAUGAAGAGGUAGAAGCCGGGCAGUUAUAAAUACUUGUUUUAGAUUACACCUUUCAUCAUAUCCAGCAUUAGAAGUAAGGUAAAGGUAAAGGACCCCUGACCAUUAGGUCCAGUCGCGGACGACUCUGGGGUUGCGGCGCUCAUCUCACUUUAUUGGCUGAGGGAGCCGGCGUGCAGCUUCCGGGUCAUGUGGCCAGCAUGACUAAGCCGCUUCUGGUGAACCAGAGCAGCACACGGAAACGCCGUUUACCUUCCCGCUGGAGCUGUACCUAUUUAUCUACUUGCACUUGACGUGUUUUCGAACUGCUAGGUUGGCAGGAGCAGGGACCGAGCAACGGGAGCUCACCCCGUUGCGGGGAUUCGAACCGCUGACCUUCUGAUCAGCAAGUCCUGGGCUCUGUGGUUUAACCCACAGCACCACCCGCGUCCCUAGCAUUAGAAGUAGGGGCAACUAAAUAAGUUUACCUGGUCAUGAUCCUAAUAACUUUUUAGUAUGGUUUACUGAACCAUAAGAUGAAAGAAAUAAUGUUCUAAACCCAAGCACACAUAUGCCAGUCCUUUCCCAGUGGACUUAAAUCAAUACAGAGCAAACUGUUCAAUUUCCACGUUCUGCUGGAACAGUUCUUGAGCUGGGCUAACCAGAUGCUGAACAUAGUUGCUGCAUUUUAAGAUGGCUUCUCCACAUCCAGCAUAAUACCAUUAUUUUCUAAAUCUGAUGCAAACUGAUUUCUAUUGCUUUGCAGCCUUGGGUGGAACCUAACAUAGUGCUAAGAAAGUUGUUCCAUCAAUGCAAGUAUUUCUGCUUGUGCAAUGGAACAUUCUCCCUCUCUCCUCCCAUUGUGCUAGGGGUUCCAACAACCCUCUGAAGCAGAUUUGGGGGUGGCAUGGAGCAUGUGUAGGGGGAGAAGUCCUGGGGCACAAGUGGAAAUCCAUUCGUAGAAUGCCCCCCUUUGCUUCCUUAUUUUUGCCAUUUCUGAAAUGGAAAUGUUAAUGAUCGAUGUAAUUUCAGUGUCCAUUUCUGAAACUGUGUGUCAUAUUGCUGUGGUCUCCUUUAGCUAACAGUGUUGUAUGCCCGUUUUCAAUGGCAACAUCUCUUCAGGUACCAUACCCAAGAAACCACGGCAGAGAGCCAGAAGAGGAAAUGUACAGUGCAGAGAACUUCCGCCGCAUUGCACGUAGUCUCAGUGGGACCGUCCUCACAAACAAGGAGGAGACACUUGUUUCUUCCCACAGUUUUGUAAGUACAAGAUUCAAAUAUGAGUGUGAUUGAGUCACCCCCCACCCCAAAUAAUUUCUUUAGCUUUAUUGCCAAGUUCUAAACAGGGGGGACAUUUUAAUAAGCUUGUUCUAUGAGCCGUUCUUACAUCUCUUCUCAUUUAACAGAAAGUGCCUUCCUGCUUAUGCCAUUGGCACAUGGGUCAGUUAAGUUUCACCUCUCUUUUAGGUUGUUUUGCUGUUUUUAGUACCAAUACAUUCUAAACCAAGGGUAGCCAGUCUGGUGCCUUGCAGAUGUUUUGGAUUACAACCCCUACCAUCCAGGACUAGUGGCCAUGCUGGCUGGAGGUGGUGGAGAGUGUUAUAGUCCAAGCCUUCUUGGGGGCAUCCUACUCUGUAUCUAAAACCUUUCAACUGCUUUUCCAACACUUUCCCCUCAGAACCCCACAUCCAAAGCCUUCGUAUUAAAAGAUUGUGAACAGCCAUGCAGUCAGUAGGGUGCUAUGGCCAAAUUUCAAAGAUUCUAGGGCUGUGUUUGGUGCAACAUACACUCAUUUCUACUAAUCAUAAAGUGCUUCAGAGUGCAAUCCUGUAUUCAGAAGGGAAUUCCACGGUGAUCAGUGGGACUUAUUCACAGGUACAACCUGCCUGCUUAAGCAAUCCACCCAAUAGUGCUUCCCUUCCUCAUCAUCUCCAAAACAGAAUACAAGUCCUUGGAAAUGAAAUACACUUAUAGAGACCCUAUAAGAGACCCUUACAGGAGUGUUCCUUUGGGGCAGGAAUGCCUCAAAUCUUUCUUCAGAGGGCAUAUGGUAUUCAGCUCCCACCUUGAGUUUUAGAAUCACUGGAGAUGGUGAAUAUGUUUUGGAAGGAUAAAUCUGAGUUUGUGUCUGAGGAAUCUGCAGGGAAGAUGGAAGAAUUGGAACUGGAGACCUGAAGAUACAGACUGAUAGAAAGAUCAGGAUAUCUGGGAAGGGCAGAGAAGAUCUUGAUUUUCAAACAUGCAAUGGGAAGACUGGUGUAAGGCAUUUAUUCUUUGUGUUCCUUGUUCAGGGACAAAUAAAUCAUGCAUUUAUGCAGCAUGAUGUCUGGAAUUUUCUAAAGCUAAAUUCAACCCCUUUUUGCUUUUAAGCGUGGAGUCCACUUCUCCCAAGAGGAAGCUACAUGCUCAAAUAGGUGGAGCAAGAGCCCUCCUGCUCCAUUCUCUUGACAGCAUCAACACCAAUAGUUUUCUCUGUGGCUUUCUUCCACAGUGAGCCCGCUAUACCUUUUCUUCCUUUAGCCAUCUUUUUUAGUCUUCCUCAUUCUCAAUUUGCCUUUUUGUUCUCCCUCCCUCAGUGUACUUUCCCCAACAAUCAUGUGCUUUGGGUGCAAUGACCUUCUUUAAGUAAGUGUUGGAAGGAUCGUGGCAAACCCCUGAACCCCUCAGAUGUGACUGUUCUGCCUCAGUGCAGUGCCCAUGAUGGCACUAGCUAGCAGUCAAAAACAGGCUGAAACAAGCAUGCCGCAAUGUAUUUUUUCCUUUCGAUGCCAUUCUGUGGGAGCACACCCUUUCAGCUUUGGAUGCCUCAGGCUCCACCUUCUCCCUCAUCACAAACCUGCUCUCCCCCACCCCAUGCUUUCGGCUGAUCCCAGUGCCAUAGCAACUUUUCCACAUUGGUACUGACCUCAGGUUCUAAACAAGCGGGGAGAAAAGAAAGCUGCUGCUGACUCUUUUCCACCAGGAGAUCCUAUGGGAAAGGGGAAGGAAGGAAGGAAGAAGAAGCAGUGCCGUUCACCAACUUCCAGCACCAGUUGCAGCCCUUCCUGGACAGGAAUAAUCCUGCUUCAGUAUUCACGUGCUGGUGACUUCCCAUUUGGAUUACUGCAAUGCCUCUGCAAUGCCUGGGGCUGCCUCUGAAGACAGUCUACAAACUUCACUUAGUUCAGAAUAUGGCCAUGAGUGUACUAAGUGGGCCUGGGUGAAAUGAGCACAUAGGCUUCAACAUAUUCACUGGCUCUCAGUUUUGUUUCUGAGCUGAAUUCAGAGUGGUGGUUUUUGAUCUUUUAAGGUCCUUCACCAUGUCUUGGGACCAGGGUUCCUAAUGGACUCCCACCUUUACCUGCCCAGACACAGACACCUUCAGAGGCCAUUCUCAGGGUGCUGCUGUUGCCAAAUGAGGUGUGGCAGGCAGCUAUGAGAGACAGGAUUUAUUGUGUGGUGGCACCUUAGCUGUGCAAUGCCUUCCCUAUAUAUUUUUAUUUACACACACACACACACACACACACACACACAAACCUGACAUUUUCCUUGAUCCUUUUUAUUUCCCCAGAUCCUUUUAAUCUAUUUUAGCUUUAAGGUGUAUUUGGUUUUAUGCUGUAUUAUACUUUUAUUGUCAAUUCUUUUACUCUUCUUGAAUAUGAAAUUGUUGCUGUUGCUUGCCACCUGAGAAGAGAGGGGCUUAUAAAGACUGAUAGCAAAGAGGAAGAGAACAGAGACCCAGGCUGAACUUCUCCAGCAGUGCUGAACACACACACACACACACACAAUAUUUGGUUUAAUAUCUUCAGUCUUUGCUCCUGUCCAGAUUGCCACAACUCCCUGCUUUGGGAGACAAACCAGGCACAUGUCUAUUUAUUAACAACUGCCCACUAGUUUGGCAAUAAACUGCUUGUGGUGGGUUACCUUUUAGUAUUAAAAGGAGUGGGACAUCUUAUGUCCCUGUGUUUUGAUGCUUUAAGACUUUCGCCUCUGCUCCCCAGCCCAGUUGCAAUACCAGGCUUAAAGCAGUAGAAUGUGAGGGAGUAAAACAGAGCAAAGGGAGAGAAAAGGCUGCUCCCAUUUCUUUUAAAAGUUGGAUCUGCCACUGCUGCUUUGUAGCUAAAGCCGUUGAUUGCAUGUUAAGUAUGAAUGCAUUUGGUCUUGCCCUGAAUUGUUACUUCAGCAGAUAUUAGGACAAACUCCAGCAAAUGUUGUUGUGCUCUUCUGAUAUUCAUGUCCUUGGCUCAGAAGGUGAGAUCAAUGAAACAUCAAUGAAACAAUUUUGGAUUCAUUCUCUAUACCUGAAUCACUCUCCUGCUAGCUCAACCAGGCCAUUAUUCACCUCAUUCUUAUCUCCCCUUGUCCUGUUCUCCAGUAGGACAAUUGCUUCAGGUAUAAUAAUCACAUGCAGGCUUGGGACUAUGACUGCUUAGAGCAUAUACACUCCAUCCAUGCUGCCAGUAUUGAACCCAGCACCCACUGAAAAUCUUGCACAUAAAAUCAGUUUGUCUAAAGGAUUAAUGAAACCAGUCACAAUUGGGGGGGGGUAUCCUUUUAUUGCUUAUGUUGGUGCUGAUGCUCUUUGCCCUGGAAUGAUGCAGACAACCUUCUGGAAAGACUUAUUUGGUUGGUCUCAACUUCUUUACACUGUUAGACAGUGACAAGUGGGACUUGCAACAAAAUGUUGCAGUUCAGAGUGCUCCUGUUCCAUGUUGGUCAUGUCUUCUGUCAAGAUAAUUCCAUUCCAUUUCCACCUCCUCCUUUUCCAUUCCUGCCCCAGCAUUCCUUCUCCACUCAAUAAGCUCAAACCUCAUUGGACUGUUUAGGGGUUUUGCUUCCCCUUAAGGGUUUUUAUCCACAAGCUUUAUUUAAUACUUCUUCAAACCUUGAUGUUCCUCAAGGUUACUAAUAACUUCCUUCUGUUUGUGAAUGGUACUGUUUUUACUACCUAAGGGUUGGCAUUCUGAAAACUGAGUUUGCUAUUGGUGUAUACAAUGUUUGCCAAGUAAUGUUGGCGUACAGAAACUCUGUUUUAUUAAGUUACUAGUAUAUGAAGCAUUUUUCUUAUACUUAUUUCCCAAUGCUGUAUAUAUCUGGCAUUUCAAUAAAAUUUUGCAGGUUUUUUUUUUAAAGAAAUCAGCAACAAAAAGGUGAUUCUUCAAGCAUUUCUGGUCAUAGUCACCCAUUGGUUGGUGAAAUAACCAAUCUGUUUGUCUGUACCUUGACUUUCUCAUCUAUGAACAUGUGGGUUGAUGGGAAUGGUAUGUGUCUGAUAUCGAGGGGAACUGUGGAGCUGAGCAACAGGCAGCAGUGAGCAAAUUCACUGAGCCCACAAGUAGAUCCUUGGUUUCUGAAACCUUCAGGAAACCCUGGAAAGUAUAGACAUGGGGGGAAGAAGAAGAAGAAUUUAUUAUUUAUACCCCGCCUAUCUGGGUUUCCCCAGCCACUCUGGGCGGCUCCCAACCGAAUAUUAAAAACACAAGACAGCAUUAAACAUUAAAAACUUCCCUAAACAGGGCUGCCUUCGGAUGUCUUUUAAAAGUAAGAUAGUUGCUUAUUUCCUUGGCGUUCCACAGGGCAGGUACCACUACCGCAAAGGCCCUUUGCCUGGUUCCCUGUAACCUCACUUCUCGCAGUGAGGGAACCACCAAAGACCCUCAGCACUGGACCUCAGUAUCCGGGCUGAACGGUGGGGGUGGAGACGCUCCUUCAGGUAUACAGGACUGAGGCUUUAAAAGUCAGCACCAACACUUUGAAUUGUGCUCGAAAAUGUACUGGGAGCCAAUGUAGGUCUCUCAGGACCGAUGUUAUAUGGUCUCGGCGGCCACUCCCAGUCACCAGUCUGGCUGCCGCAUUCUGGAUUAAUUGCAGUUUCCAAGUCGCCUUCAAAGGUAGCCCCAUGUAGAGCACAUUGCAGUAGUCCAAGCAGGAGAUAACUAGAGCAUGCACCACUCUGACGAGACAGUCCACAGGCAAGUAGGGUCUCAGCCUGCAUGCCAGAUGGAGCUGGUAGACAGCUUCCCUGGACACAGAAUUGACCUGUGCCUCCAUGGACAGCUGUGAGUCCAAAAUGACUCCCAGGCUGUGGACCUAGUCCUUCAGGGGCACAGUUGCCCCAUUCAGGACCAGGGAGUCCUCCACACCCACCCGACCCCUGUCCCCCAAGAACAGUACUUCUGUCUUGUCAGGAUUCAACCUCAAUCUGUUAGCUGCUAUCUAUCCUCCAACAUAUGUUAACACUCAGAUGUUUGUUGCACCUGAGAUUGGGAUGAAGGCAGGUUACAGAUAGGUUGUGAGUUGGAAAGGAAACUUCAGUGGUCAUGAGGGUACCUCAACUGAGAACUGCUUACAAAAUUUCUGUUUAAGAACCGAGCAGCAUAGCUCUUCACUAGCAGAAAUUUACAGACUAUCUUCAAGGGCAGCUUCAUGUAGAGUGCUUUACAGCAGCAAAUAGAAAGGUAACCACAGCUUGGGUGAUUGUGAACAGAGCUACAUUGUCAAGCCAGGUGAUCAGUUUUCAUUGAUAAAAGCCAUUCCUGUAAUUUGCUAUUAUUAUUAGACACAUGAGCUGGGAUUUAUCUUGCCCAACUUCAUUAUGAUUUUCCUGACUUUGUGAAAUUGCUUGGAUUUGUGUAAAUGGACAUGUCUCCUUGCAGUUUAACUGUUUCAUUUGACUGCUUCACAGGUCUGCGAUAUCAGGGGAAAAAAUGUUGUAGGGGCUAUGGUAAAAUUAGCACGUACGGGUUAGCAAAUGAGAACUAUUUUAUGUCUGAAAUCUUAUGAUUCUAAUCUUGGUGUAUCAUUGGUCAUUUUAAAGAUAAUAUGUAUUCAUUUGAAUACUUCCCCCCCCCCCAACGUUUAAAAAUGGGAGUUGGAUAUUUAAAAAGUGGGGCGUGAUAUCUCCAAGUCACGACCUGCCCUUUUUUUCUUACUGACUGCUGGCUUCAAAAUGAGAGUUGAUUACAAUGCAGAAUUCCUUCCAUCCUCUCGCUGCUCUUCAAUGGUUUUGCACAGUGUGGGAUUGCUGAAAAGCAGACACACCAAAUUCAGAUUAUGAAUAGAACUAAACCUGGCCUUGCUUACCUGGUAUCUAUGCAUUGCAUAUGCCAGAGAUCUUGAUGCAUCGCAACCUGGAAAAAAAACCCCAAAAGCUGAAUGUCCCUGUUAAUGCUUCAUGUUAUCCCCACCCUCAGCUUACUUUGAGGAUAGUUUGUGCUGUCCACAUACUUAACAUGCUGGGGAUGUUAAGAAAUAUGUCCAAGGACAGCCAGUAUUGUGCCCUUUAGAUGUUGCUGGAGCACAGCUUCCAUCCUUGACCAUGGGCAUCUUUAUUUAUGCUCUUAAUUUAAUCCACUUAAUUUACAAUGUUGACGUGUUGUUUUUGAUGAAGACCGUGGUUCUUUAUUUAUUUUAACAGUUGAUCUUAGUCAUUUUGUUCAUGUCUGUGUCUUCAAAUUACGUUGCGCUAGAUUUUGCAAUAGUAAUAAUAAUAAAAUAACUAUACAAUAAACAAGUUUUUAAAUAAAUAAAUAAAUCUUGGCAAUUCUUUUACAAGUUCUGAGAACUGUGAUGGCCACACCUAUAACAUUUCUAUUUCUCUUCACAAGCAGUUGCAUGCCCUUUUUGGAGUGACCGUAUCACUCAGUUGUCCCUGCACUCUCCCCACCUGUUAUCCCAGUUCUUUACUUGCCUGGUUUUACCCCAGUUCUGUGUUUAAUCAUUAUUUUCAAUUCUAUUUCCCUUUUGUCAAAAGGAAGUGUCCAAUGAGAGGAAAAUGCCAGUGGAAGCCAGACACCGUUCCUCCAGCACCACUUCCCUCACUUUCCCUCACGAUUCUCCUCCUGUGUUACCCUUUGAUCCCCAGCACUAUUCAACCCAACUGCAGCACCUCUCCCAUGAUGCACCAGUGCCUAGCAUGGUGGGCAAGACACAUAGGCCAUCAGGUAAUCACUGGGCUCUUCCUCCUCCUCCUCCUGUGUCAUGGGAGAGUAAGUACGCCGCUCUUUCAUCAGCUGUAGCACAAGGCUCUGGGCUGGGCUCUUCUGCAAUAGUGAUGCUUUUGAUCCCUCCAGCUGCCUGGAAUGAUGCAUGACCUUUCCACAGUACGUUGUCUUAACACACCGCACUGCUCAAUCCAUACUGUAGUGAGUGGGCAUCUAAAAUAAACGGUUCAUCUUUAGCCUAUGUUAAGUAGCAGUAUUUCUUCAUCCUGUCAUGGCGGUAUACCUGUCGUAUGACUCUAUCCCCCCACAAAGAAAAGGGUGUGAGAAGAGUUGGCAUUGUUUGUUUGCAUUGUUGUUUUUACAUACUAGUUAUAGGCUUAUCAAGUUUGGUGGAGGUAUGGGAUGAAGAAUACCAGUCAUUUCCCUCAAUCUUUCAACACCCUACCAUCCUACCGACCAUUGAAGCCUUUACUCUUGGAAAGCGAGGGGCAGUACUGUGUUGUUGUUUUCUUUCCCCAAACCUGAACCUAUUGCCUCUUCCUUCUAACCCUGGAGUCACCUUUAGGAGAAGGAGGAUGUAUGUUAUUUCAUAUCUGUCGUAAUCACCCUAGUGACCCUGUGUGAGGGGGCCGUAGUCAGGUUUUGCCUAUAGUUCAGUAUUGUCCCCAAGGAAUGAAUAGCAGCUUUUUAUGAAUUUUACUAGUGUUUUGUUUUAAAGCACUCAAACUCCUUUGUUAGUAGCUUCCGAGGUACAUUGUUGAUAUAUCAUUACUUAAAAAACAAACAAAAAACAUCUGCUCGGGGCAAAUAAUUUUACAUUUUUCCUUUUCUCAGGAAAUCAGAAGAACAUCCAAAAAAUUUUGGUUGUGCCUGACAGGGGUGAAACUUUCCAAGGUGAAGACAACCCAGCUGUGGCACUGAACUAUGGGAGCCUCACGUACAAACAGCAGGGCCUGCCUUCUCAACUUGGGCAGAGACCUCUUCUUAAUCAACAUUUAGGAAGCAAAGAAGCAUCUGGCCCCCCUGGCCACUGGCUGCAGAUGAGUCACACUGCCAGACAAACAGCAACACUGCCAGAUAGACAAACAGUACACUGGGGAUCUGCUGCUCCAACAAGCAAGGGAUCACAAAAACAUUUACUCCAGCAGCCACUGCAGCAAGGAAAACGGGAUGCUUGUGCCGCUGACUGUAGGUCGCCGCUUGGCACGAGUUACAGUACCUUAAGCAUACCUCAGCGGGCUUCAAGAGACACAGGUGGCUUUCAAGGUUGUCCAGUGCCACCCACACAGGCCAAGGCUCCAGGUCCCAGAAGGGUAGAUAUGCCCCCAGAUGAAGACUGGCGGCAGAAUAGCUAUACCUCUCAGCCUGGAGCAAGGAGAGUGUUGCCAGUGCACAUGAUAGAUGGAACUUAUUCAUCUGCUUCUGAAGCUCACCGUAGGAUGCUGGCCCGUGCAGCUGCUGCUUCCAUGCACAACAGCAACUGGUGA